CCGGAAGUAGCGGCAACUUCCGCUUUUCUCUUCAGAAGACUCUUUCUCUCUCCGCCGUUUGGAUUACCGGCUGGGCUCCGUGUGGCGUUGCUUUUUCUUCCUCCCUCCCCGAGGCCACCGUGGAGGUGACCAAGCUCGGCAGCCAGGAUGGGGAAAAGGCAGCACCAGAAGGACAAGAUGUGAGUGGAAAUCUCCGGCUCUCCCCUUCCCACACCCGAAGCGAAAGGGCCCUCCUGGUUCGGUUGUGGUCAGGCUGGGGGCCGCUGAGCCUCUCCUGUCAGGUUGUUCCACACGGCGGGGGGGGGGGCUGUUGGGGUGCCUCGGUAGAAAAGGCGGCAUAUAAAUGCAGGGGCGGGGUACAACAACAGCAACAAAAUAUGUUCAACAAUCUCUGAAUGCUGUUGUGUCACUUUAGUUUCUUAGGUUUUGUAUUCAGUUCAUGGGUGUAGCCAAGGGGAGGGGCGCGUUGCAGGCCUAAAUCAAUACAAAUCUGAGGUUCUGCUCCCCUCCUGACAAACAUCAUGCCUGUGCCCAUGAUUUGGUUAAUACAUUAUACACACACACACACACCCGCUUCUGGAGCAAUGGGACACCGCGAUGGAAACCAAACCAGAGCGCACGGAAACACCGUUUAUAUAUGUGUGUGUGUGUGUGUCUAUAUAUAGAGAGAGAUACUCUCUCUAUAUCUCUCUCUAUAUAUAGACACACACACACACACACACAUAAACGGUGUUUCCGUGUGCUCUGAUUUCCAUCGCAGUGUCCCGUUGCUCCAGAAGUAGUUUAGUCCUGCUGGCCGCAUGACCCAGAAAGCUGCCUGUGGACAAACGCCAGCUCCCUCAGCCUGAAAGCGAGAUGAGUGCCUCAACCCCAUAGUCACCUUUGACUGGAUUUAAUUGUCCAGUGGUCCUUUACCUUAUAUAGAUACACACACGCAUAUAUAAAUAUAUCUAUCUAUAUCUAAAAAUCCACCAGGUUUUGCUGGACUGCUGUUUUUGUUUUGUUUUUUAAUAAUAACAUUUUAAAAUCAGUUUUCCAGUUUUACACCUUCUUUCUUCUUCUUUGGUGAUCACUUGUAGCUGAGUAAGAUUGUCUUACAUGAACACGGUCUUAACAGUGAGUCCAUAAGUGACACUGGAGGCCAAUUCUGGAUCCACACAUCCUACCACAGUGGGGACAUGUUUUCGGGCGGGAGUUUAUCAUGGUGAGGGUUUGCCAAGCGUGUCUUCCUCUUAGCACGUUUCUCCCUUUUGUCCUGAGUUCGAGCAUCUUCAAGCCCAUGACGCCUUUGGUAAAGGCUGUUCUCCAACUGGAGCACUUGCAACAGCGCAGUGCACCAACUGCAUCGUUCACGAGGCUUAGAUCAUAGUUCUGUAUCUUAGUCCAAAAGGCUGUGAGGUUUAGGUGGGUUGCAUAAGUUGCCCUCUCGCCACAUGCGUUCCAAGAAUAGUGCAGCUGGUUUUCAACUGGUUGCGUUUGUUUUAAAUCCAGCUAUGUCACUGGAUGUGUAUUGGCUGUUUAUUGGUCGUUUUAAAAGCUAUAUAAAAUUGUACUGGUACAGGUAUAGGAAUGCUUAGGCAACUCAAAGCUCUGCCCAGAAAGUGACCUCAGUAAAUAAGGCUUGACAUCUCUAAAACAGGUUCUUGGGUUUUUUUACUGGUCAGAGAGCUUCAUGCACACACACAACAGCCGUAUAAGGAAAGCUAGUACUAUUAUCUUGUAGAUGGUGAUGGGGAACCAAGAAAAGAGAGAGCCAUUUGCCUUCAAGUCUCCUGGUGAGUUUGUGGGCAAGGUGAUAUUUGAACCAGGGUCUGGGUCCUGACUGGGGCUUGCUUCUUGUUAAGUGCCUUUAGGAUUGUAGCCUAAAUCUUUUGGCUAUUUACAAGCUUCCUUCUCCUUUGCUCUUGUUAGAUGGCUUUUCCAUUCAGCUGUGUUGCAAAAUCUGGAUGUCACACCCAUUUUUUUCUGUAUCAGAAGGUUCUAUAACUGCAGCAGCAGUUCCAAGCUCUGGAAACAAAACUUGGGGCGAUAACUGUUGUCCCCCUAACUGUCUUUCUCUCUCUCUAGGUACAUAACUUGUGCAGAAUACACACAUUUUUAUGGAGGAAAGAAAGCAGGUAUGUGGCUUGGAUUUACAGCACUUUUAUUUUAAGAACAUGGGAAGAGCCUGCUGGAUCAGGCCAAUGCCCAUCUAGCUCAGCAUCCUGUUCACAGUGGCCGACCAGAAGCCUGUGGGAAACACACAAGCAGGAUUCAAGCACAUAAGCUUCAAAAUCCCUUGUGGCUUCCAGCAACUAGUAUUUAGAACAGGCAUAGGAAAAUCCGGCCCUCCAGAUGUUUGGGAAUACAAUUCCCAUCAUCCUUGACCACUGGUCCUGUUAGCUAGGGAAGAUGGGAAUUGUAUUCCCAAACAUCUGGAGGGCCGGAGUUUGCCUAUGCCUGAUUUAGAAGCAUUGCUUCCUCCAACUGUGAAGGCAGAGCAUAGGUGUUAUGGCUAGUAGCCAUUGAUAAUCUUCUCCCGCAUGAAUUUGUCCAAUCCUCUUUUAAAAGCAUCUAAGUUGGUGGCUACUACUGCCUCCUGUGGGAGCGAGUUCAAUAGUUUAACAGUGUGCUGUGUAGAGAAGUAUUUUCUUGUCUCUGUCCUGGGUAUUCCAACAUUCAACUUCAUUGGACGCCUGUGAAUUCUAGUGCCAUGAGAGAGGAGGAAAAACUUUUCUGCGUCCAGUUUCUCCACGUUGUGGACUCCAUGCAGGAACUAUCAUGUUGCCUCUUAUUCACGGUAUUCUGACAUACAGUUAUUUCCUACUGUUUUCAUGGGUGCAUCAUUGGGAUCAGUAAUGUGCAUAAGGGGUGUGUGUGUGACAUUAUCCAAUGACAUCCAUGAUGUCUGCUGCAUGCCCACUGGUGUGAAUGAUAUUUAGGGUAACGUGGUGUAUCGAUCAGAAAUCCACGGUUCAUUAAUGCAUUGUAAAAGGAAUGUUAGAAACUGAGACAGAAGCUCUAGCAUUAUAAUCAGGAAAACAAUCUGUUUAUCCCAGGUUGAACACGAUGUGUGUGUGAAAUAUUUUUAUUUUAUUUUAAUUGAACAGAAAUUCCACAGUCCAACUUCAGACGUCUACCUUUUGAUCACUGCAGGUGAGCACUGAAGAAAUAUUAAAUUCUAAUUUAAUUCCUUUAUCAUUCUUAUGGGGAAAAUAGGAAGCUCCCUUAUGCAGAGUCAGACCAUUUGAUCCUUGAAGCUCAGAACUGUAUACUAUACACUGGCAGCUGCUCCCCAGUUUUUCAGACAGAAAUCUCUUCCAGCCUGGGAUACCAGGGAUUGAACCUGGAACCUUCAUCAUUUAGAAUCACUCAUUUAGAAUCCAUCAUUUAGAAUCACCCUCCUUUUUGAAUCACUCUCCUUUUUUAGUUGAGGUGACCAGAACUGUAGACAGUAUUAAUAUGUUCAUUCGUAAUAGCCCCCUUUGCACCUUAAUCACCUGUGGCUCCCUAGUGAGAUCCACCUGGUGCCAUCUUUAGCAUUCUUUUGGCACUGGGAUAGCACAUGAAUUGGUAGAGCAUGAGACUCUUAAUCUAAGGGUCAUGGGUUUGAGUCCUACAUUGGGCAAAAGAUUCCUUCAUUGCAGGGGGUUGGACUAGAUGACCAUCUUGGUCCCUCCCAGCUCUACAGUUCUAUGAUUCUAAUUGCCUUUUGAGGAAGCUUAUAAGCACUCGUCAGAACAUGCCCAUGUCUUCAUCUGAGACUUUUCUCCAUGUUACCCAACUUUAUUUUUAUUUGUUUAUUUUAUAUAAUUAUUAUUAUUGCAUUUAUAUUCCAUCUUUCCUUCAGUGUAGCCCAUAUCCUCCCUCUUCCCUUUUCCCCCUCACAACAAUCCUGUGAGGUAGGAUAGGUGGAGAUGCAGAGGUUGGCCCAGGGUCACCAGUGAGCUUUAUGGCCCGAGUGAGAAUUUGAACCCCAUUUUCCCAGGUCCAGGUCUGAUGCUCUAACCACUAUACCGCACUGGCUUCCCCAGAGUUUUAAGUGAGGAUCUACUAUGAACAGGGCUGUUUUUUGGGUGGUGGAGCUCCAAUUGCAGAAUAUCCGAUCCAGAAAUAUUUCUUUGUGGUCAUUGCUUAGGUCAGGAAUGGGGCAUGUUGUUGAACUCCAUUCUGUUGGGAAUUGUUGUUCAACAGAACAUGCAUGGCCCACGGGGUCCCCAUCCCAGGAUUUAGGUAAAACUGCAUUGCUGGCUUAUCAUUGUGCUCUUCUGCUGAUAUUUAAUUCACAUUUACUUAAUCGCCACAUUACUGUUUUUCUCCCCCCUAGCUUAUCUUUGCAGCCAUUUGAAUAUCCUGUAUGCACACCGGAAGGCACCAUCUUUGACUUGCUGUAAGUUGCUACUUUUUCAGUGGUCUCCCUCUCUUCCCCCCAUUAGUAUAGCUCUUCUCUCCUUGAAGGAAAAUUGAGCAAAUCUGCCAUCUAGGAUGCACAGUUCUUAUCGUCACAAGUUGCUAAUAGGUGGGGAGAAUAAUGUAUGUCCUGAAAGACCUACAUUGGCUCCCAGUAUGUUUCUGAGCACAAUUCAGAGUGUUGGUGCUGACCUUUAAAGCCCUUAAACUGUUGGUUUCUAUUUCCCUCACUGAGCAGCAACUGCAGUCACAAGACAUUGUUUUGCAUUCCACAGUCAGAGUUACUGUUGGAGUUUCUCACGGGAAAGGGAGACUGGAUGUGACGUACACUGGUUUCCUGUUUUUCACUGUGUGUUUCUCUCCAAGCUGCCGAGGAGAGAGGAUGCAUUUCUCUGCUCCUGCAGAGGCAAGAUGUCUUUCUGUAAUGUACCAGCUUUGAACUGUAAAUAAAGCAAUAUAGAGUAUGUAGCACGUAUUACUCAUCCUUCCGCUGGGCACCAGAGACUCUGCUUUAAAUCAACACGUGGUUAUGGACUCCAGAGGUCGAAUCGGAGUGCCGGCAAAGGAUCGGAAUGCAGAGGGACGGAUCGGAAAGGAAUCUGCUCUGCGCGUAGAAGUGAUUGAUGAGGUAUGUGCUACUGCUCCGGGCAGCCUGCCAGCUUCAAGUUAAUGGCUUUAUGGCUGGACUUUGAACUUUUAAAGCCGGUUUUGCCGGGAAUAGGCAAAAGGCUCCCAGGCACAAGUCACUAUGCUGGGGAAAUCAAAAGUAACUUUUAAGUGUGCCUUUGUGAUAAAGCAGCUGCAGCAGUGACGCAGCAAGAUUUAAAGCAGCAUAUGACGCUGAAGGCUAAUGCCAGAGUCAUGAUGGCCCUUCAGGAUGCUUGUGGGAUUCCUAAGCUCAACAAGAAAAAUUACAGCGACUGGGUUCAGUAUGCAGAGGCAAUUCUGCGGAAAGAGGGUUUGUUUGAGGUGAUUACAGGAACCCCCAGUUCCAGUUACAGAUGCAUGGGAAGCUAAGGAUUCCAAAGCAAGGGAACUCUUACAUUGAUAGUAUCCCCAGAAGAGCUCUGUCUAUUGCGUGAUAAGACCUCAGCCAGAGAAAUUUGGGACGCUCUGAGAGAGGCUCACUUAAGGACAGAAGCUGGAUCCACUAUGUUUUAUUUUAACAAGCUGCAUAAUAUGGCUCUUGCUGAAGGUGGAGAUGUGCGUUUACAUCUGAUGCAGAUGCAAAAUCUGAGACAUGAGCUGCAACAGAGAGGACUCAACUUUCCAGAGGCUGUGUAUUCUUUCAUGAUACUACAAUCUUUGGGUUCAGGUUGGGAGUCUGUUGCAACCCAGAUUGCUGUGCAACCAACUGCUCAGCUGACAGUGGACUUUGUUACUGCCGUGAUUUUAAAUGAAGCAGAUCGCCGGGGUGCUAGCUGCAUGGGCAAGGGGAGUCUUCACAGACGUCAUCCCAUAGUGCAGUGGAACCACCAGAUGGCGCCAAAGCUUUGGAGGCAGUGAAAUGCUACUCGUGUGGACGUCUAGGCCAUAUGAAGAGGGAAUGCAGACAUCCCAGGGCCAAGACAGAGCAGCGCAGCGAAGCUCAUCGCGCGGAAAAGGCCGAGGCAAAGGCAAAGGUCCGGUGUCUAGGACAACGCAGCACAAGGCUAUGGUUUCACGCUUCACUCCAAAGGUUGCAGAGGUCCAGAAGACGUCUAGAUCUUUCUUCGUUGUUGAUUCAGCGGCCACCCACCACAUGUGCAACGAUAAGAAACUGUUUGUGUCUUUUACACCGCAGGAAGGUGCGAUUCACCAGGCGGAUGACCACACUAUUCCCAGUAAAGGCUACGGAACUGUUGUUCUUCACAGUUUGGACUUAUCGAUACAGAAUGUGCUUUACGUGCCAGACGCCAAACAUAAUCUGCUCAGCGUUGGACAGCUGAAUGAGCGGAACAUUGACGUUUCCUUCAAGAACAAGAAGUGCAUCAUCACAAAGAAAAAUGAUUAUGUAUUGCAUGCAGAAUAUGUUGAUCAUUUGUUUGUUUUGUAUUAUGAUGAUGUGGUGCAGGAUGACACUUGUUGCAUUGCAGGUUCUAACAAAAGUUUGCAUGCAGAAUGUAUUCACGAUUUUCAUCGAAAAUUUGGUCAUUUGCAUUUUGAGGCAGUAUCUAAAAUGCCUGCCUUGGUUGAAGGUAUGACUAUUAAACCCUGCAGGUACCACAUGAAGUGCAAAGCAUGCGCAGCAAACAAGGUGAAAAUGGCUGCGAAGGUAAGGUGUCUAGUAGGAAAGCUACAGAACCAUACCAGGUUGUUCAUGCUGAUUUGGUUGGACCACUAACGCCCUCUUUGGGUGGAAAUAGAUACUUCAUGGUUCUCAUUGAUGCAUUUUCUAGAUAUAUUUUUGUGUACAAUCUCAAGCAGAAAUCGGAGGCUUUUCCUAGGUUCAAGGAAUUCUGUGCUUGGUUGGAAAAUGUGCAUGGUAAGAAGAUAAAGACUCUUUUCAGUGAUCGCGGGGAAUUCACUUCUCAGCAGUUUGAAGCUUUUCUGACUGAGAAAGGAAUUCAACACGAUUUGUCUAGUCCUCGCUCGCCAUGGCAGAAUGGACUUGCGGAACGGGCAAAUCAGACUUUGCUUCAAGGGUUAAAAACCUUGCUGCAUGAUGCCAAUCUUCCAGAGAGUUAUUGGGCCGAAUCUCUCUCGUGUUUUGUUUACAGUUACAAUCGCAGGUUAUCUUCAGCGAUUGGUUGUACCCCCUAUGAGAAGAUGUUUGGCAAGAAGCCAUACAUCAAACACAUGAAGAUUUUUGGUUCUGACAUGUGGGUUCGCUCACCACAAAACUCCAAGUUAGACAAGCGUGGAUUGCAUGGUAUCUUUCUAGGUUAUCAGAAAGGGUCUUACAGAAUAAUGAUGACUGACUCUAAGACAAUUAAGCUCACGAGAAGUGUUGAGUACAAUGCAAAGUGGGGGAGAAUGUGGGAAUUUUCCAAUGUUAUCCUGAUGACGGUGAUGAGACUGAGGAUAGUCAAAAGCAACCACAACAGCCCACACCCACUGAUGAAGGUUCUGAGUCUGAAUCUGAAACUGAAUCGGGUGAUUCAGAGGAUUUCAAGAGUGCGAAAGCCUCUAUGCGACCCUCUGAAAGCUCUGAUCAAGAAUUGGAGGAACCAUUGUUCACAAUAGGUCGUUUUUCUCCUAAGAAGGAAGAGGAGAGUGUUGAAGACUUAAGGCUAAUUCGUAGGUCACAGAGAGCCACAAAGGCAAACCUCCAAAGAGAUUUGCUGAUGAGUUUGCUAAGAUAGCAGUAACAGCUGUUAAAAGCUCCAAGAAGGUAUUUGAACCUUCAAGUUUCCAAGAAAUCCAGGGUUUGGAUUCAAAGGAAGCUGAGCCAUGGUUAAAUGCCAUGAAGGCUGAGCUUGAUUCCUUAGAAAGGAACAAAACAUGGGAGCUAGUUCCAGUAGUUCCAGGAAUGAAACUGCUUGGAAGCAAAUGGGUCUUCAAAGCGAAGACAGAUCAAAAUGGCAAGAUAGUCAGACACAAAGCCAGAUUGGUAGCCAGAGGUUUUGCACAGGUACCAGGUGAAGACUAUCACGAGACCUAUUCACCCACAGUGAGAUAUGAAAGCAUUAGGCUUAUGCUUAAGCUAGCUGCAGAGGAAAAUCUACACAUUAGUCACCAUGAUAUUAAUACAGCUUUUCUGUACGGAUCUCUAGAUGAAUCACUUUAUAUGCUUCCACCUGAUGGCGUACAGGUAAAACAGGGAUUUGUUUGUGCUCUGAAGAAAUCCCUUUAUGGUCUCAAACAAAGUGCACGGUGUUGGCACACAAAACUCACUGAAGUAUUGUUUUCUCUAGGUUUUCAGCAAGGGAAAGCUGAUCCAUGUGUAUUUGUCAAAGAGGAGGGGCAAAAGAAACUGUACUGUUUGUUUUAUGUUGAUGAUUUAUUAUUCUUUUGGAAAGAUGUUGCAAUGUACAAUAGCGCCUAGCUCAACUGAAAGAGCACUUUGACAUGAAAGAUCUUGGUGAGGUAAACAACUACCUAUCUCUGGAAAUAGAGAGAGAUCAAGAUGGUAACAUUCUAGUACACCAGUCACGGAAAAUUGCUGAUGUGUUAAGCAAACUAAAUCUGAUGGAUGCUAACCCUGUAGACACACCGAUGACAACAGGUUAUCAGGUAGAUGACACUGAAGAAGCAUUUUCUGACACUACACUGUACAGGAGUGUGCUAGGCAAGCUAAACUUCAUUGCCAGAUGUUCAAGACCAGACAUUGCUGUUAGCUGUAAUUUGCUAAGCAGACAAGUCAACAAUCCUAGUGUCAAGGAUUGGAAAGCUCUGAAACGCAUAGCGCGGUAUUUGAAAGGCACUAUGCAUUACAGACUGAGAUUUAACAAUCAGAAGUCUGGUGGUCUUGAGAUAUUUGCAGAUGCAAGUUUUGGAAGUGACGCUACAGACAGGAAAAGUACGUCUGGAGUUUGCUACAUGUACAAUCAGAGUCUGUUUGAUUGGUCAUGCAAGAAGCAAACAACAGUUAGCUUAAGUACUUGUGAAGCCGAACUGAAUGCACUGUCUUAUUCACUUAAGGAUUGUGAAUGGUUAGUACAAUUGUGCAAAGAUAUGAAAAUUCCUGUCAAAUGUCCAAUCCAGGUUUACCAGGACAACAAAGCAUGUUUGGCUUUGCUCAAGUCUGAAGGUUGUAAGCAAAGCACAAAGCACUUGCAAUUAAAGUUGCAGCAUGCUAGGGAAUGUAUUCAGAAGGGACUCGUAACGGUGUCCUAUAUGCCAGGUAAUGAAAUUCCUGCUGAUGUAUUGUCCAAGAUUGUAUCAAGGGAUCAACACUGUACCUAUGUGCAGAAGUUGGGUUUGUACUGAUAUUGUACGAACACGCUGCCCAGUGAUGUUCACAGAAAGGGGAGGAUGUUGGUUUCUAUUUCCCUCACUGAGCAGCAACUGCAGUCACAAGACAUUGUUUUGCAUUCCACAGUCAGAGUUACUGUUGGAGUUUCUCACGGGAAAGGGAGACUGGAUGUGACGUACACUGGUUUCCUGUUUUUUUCACUGUGUGUUUCUCUCCAAGCUGUCGAGGAGAGAGGAUGCAUUUCUCUGCUCCUGCAGAGGCAAGAUGUCUUUCUGUAAUAUACCAGCUUUGAACUGUAAAUAAAGCAAUAUAGAGUAUGUAGCACGUAUUACUCAUCCUUCCGCUGGGCACCAGAGACUCUGCUUUAAAUCAACAGUAUACCUGAAGGAGCAUCUCCACCCCCAUCUGAGGUCCAGCGCCAAGGGCCUUUUGGCAGUUCCCUCACUGCAAGAAGCGAGGUUACAGGGAACCAGGCAGAGGGCCUUCUCGGUAGUGGCACCUGCCCUAUGGAAUGCCCUCCCAUCAGAUGUUAAGGAAAUAAACAACUAUCUGACUUUUAGAAGACAUCUGAAGGCAGCCCUGUUUAGGGAAGUUUUUAAUGUUUGAUGUUUUAUCGCUAAUAAUAAUAAUAAUAAUAUUCUAUUGGGAGCUUCCCAGAGUGCCUGGGGAAACCCAGCCAGAUGGUUGGGGUAUAAUUAUUAUUAUUAUUAUUAUUAUUAGGAAAGUGAGUUCAUAUCCAAGGUGUUAUUUAAGUUGGGGGCUUCUCAGCUCACUUUCCUAAGCCCCUAGGCUGUACCAGAACACAUGUGACUUUUCGGGAGGAACCAGGCAUUUCUGAUUCGCUGCAUCUUUUUUGCUCUUGUUUUAGGAAUAUCGUUCCCUGGAUAAAGAAGUAUGGGACGAAUCCAAGCACAGGAGAGGUAGGUUUUCUUGGAUGGGGGGCGGGCGGGCGGGCUGUGUUCCUCUAGAAGCUGAUGGCAGCCCAACUCCCAUGAGCCCCAGCCAACGUAGCAAGCAGCUGGGAAGAAGGGGAUUGUGGUCCAUCAGCAAGACUGCUGCCGAGCCUCCGUCCAGUUUUCACAUUUACUCUUGAUUUGGUGUACUCUGCUUUUUCUAAAAUUAAUUUUUUGUUUCCCAAUUUAGCGAGGAAAGGAAAUAGAAUAAAUAAAAUUAAGGAAGAAAUAAAAGAGAGAGAAAAGCAAAUUAUAAUAUACAGAUAACUCUAGUAAUAACGGUAGACCACAAUCUGUUCACUUUGGGAAUACAGUGACCAUCAGUACAGGAGUAAAUUAAUAAAUUCAUGUAGGCCCUGCAGAUGUUCAAAUAGGUAUCCACAUGUAAAUUAUGCAUAUAUGAUAUUCAUUUAAACGUUGCCAGGACUGUGAGGUCCUUAGACCAGAGGUUUUCAACCUUUUUGAGUACAUGGCUCCCUUAACAAACUACAUUCUUUCUGCGGCACCCCUGUGGGGCUCAGGAACCCAGUUAUGCCACCUCUUGCCUGCAGAGCUGGCAGCCCCUCACCCUUUUUCGAACACCCUCCCUUGCGGAGUGUUCCCCUCAGCCUCCUGUCCUCUCCCCUCUCCUUGGGCGUCUUCUGGGCAGCCACUGCUGCUGCCCCUGGUCUCUGAGCUGCCCCCACCCCACCCUAAAGAGAGGUGCCUCCCAAAGGCACCAUUUGCUUACUGAGGUUAUAGCCAGGGCUGUUGCAAUAAACAGCUGUGCAAACCAUUGGGAGGCAGAGACACGAGAGAGCUUCGGAGGGAGGGAGGGGAAGGAAGGAAGGAAGGAAGGAAGGAAGGAAGGAUCCCUGACAGUCAUUCAAGGCACCCCAGGGUGUCACAGCACACUGGUUGAAAACCACUGCCGUAGACCAUUGUGUAAUAGACAAUGGGUAUUUAUCCUUCCAGGCUUGAAGUAUAAAUCUCUUAGCCACCAUAAGGACUCUCAAAAUCCACUUUUGUUGUCCACCCAUUAAUCCAGGGGUCAGCAAACUUUUUCAGCAGGGGGCUGGUCCACUGUUCCUCAGACCUUGUGGGGGGCCGGACUAUAUUUUUUUGGGGGGGGGGGAAUGAAUGAAUUCCUAUGCCCCACAAAUAACCCAGAGAUGCAUUUUAAAUAAAAAGCACACAGUCUACUCAUGUAAAAACAUGCUGAUUCCCGGACCAUCGGCGGGCCGGAUUUAGAAGGCGAUUGGGCCAGAUCUGGCCCCCGGGCCUUAGUUUGCCUACCCAUGCAUUAAUCCCAAGAUUCGGCUCACUGCAUUUUAUCUUGAUUCUGAUUUGAAAGUUAUGUGCGCAUGUGCUAUCCUGACUUCUGAGAGCAUGCACCAUGCUUCUCGGUUGUGGCCUGCAUGCCGGUUUGAAAUUGGCCACAUGGUCCUCCUAGAUUUAAAGAAAAGCCCAAAGAGAUGCAAAGCAUCUGCUUUGCACGCAGAAACCCCAGGCUUGUUCCCCGGCAUCUCCAGGUAGGGCUGGGAAAGUCUUCUUUCCAAAGCCCCAGUAAGCUUCUUCCAGUCAGCUAAGGUUUUGUAUAUGCAAAAGACUAUCUGACUGAUAGGCACCUUAUUUCAUUCCUUGAGUUUCUCUAGAUGGUAUCCUUGCUAUGUGUGCCCUGUGCAGUGCCAAAUUUACAUAUAAGCUAAACAAGCUAUAGCUUAGGGCCCCACUCUCUGGGAGGCCCCCCCCCCAAAAAAAAUUAAAGGAAAAAACCAACUGGAUGUACAUUUCCAAAAUACAAGAUUAAAAAAACAAAUAAAAUUGAUAAAAUACAUAUUUUGUUAUGUGCAAAUGGCUUUAGAUACCUAUUAGGUCCAUAAAUUACCAUAUAGCAUAUAUUCAACACAAAAAACAGCAACAAUUUGUUGGUGACAAAGGACCGCUGGACAUAUAAAGGGCCCCAUUACCUUCAGUAGCUUAGGGCCUCAUCAAACCUAAAUCCGGCCCUGCCUGUGUGCUCCUUUUCCUCCUUUCUGUUUAUUGAUGAAGCCAUCCCAAACGUCUUGCCUUCAAUUUCUUUGUUAACUUGAGCCUCGUUUUAAAUUUAACUCAUUUCACACAUUUAUAUUUAUGUGUGGAUUGUUGCUUUUCUCCCUUGUUUGCUGCCUUCUGCUGCUGCCUGAAUUAACCCUUCUGGAAAACUUUUUGCUCUCCUGGGAUUAAAGCGGUUACAGUGGUACCUCGGGUUAAGUACUUAAUUCGUUCCGGAGGUCCGUUCUUAACCUGAAACUGUUCUUAACCUGAAGCACCACUUUAGCUAAUGGGGCCUCCUACUGCUGCCGUGCCGCCGUAGCACAAUUUCUGUUCUUAACCUGAAGCAAAGUUCUUAACCCGAGGUACUAUUUCUGGGUUAGCGGAGUCUGUAACCUGAAGCGUAUGUAACCUGAAGCGUAUGUAACCCGAGGUACCACUGUAUCUCUUGCCUAAAUUGAGGCUAGUAGUGCCAAUAGCAUCUGAACAGAACAGACUUUUAUUUGCUGCAGGUUGCAAUUAUUCCGUGCUUCACAGUCAAACCCAAGCUCAACCUUUUGCUCUUGUUUUCAGGACAGUCCAGAAAUACGUGACAUUUAUUAUGAGGCUGUCUUGCUGGAAUCUGCAGAGAUUUCUUUUAAACACUAGGUGGCAGCUGUGAUACGAGUGUGAAAGGUUUGGCCCAAAAAAAUCUUUUUGUACCAGGGUUUUUGUCUAUUGUAGAGAUGUGCACAUGGCGCUCUUCUUUGCAACUUGUAGCCGCCCUCCAAGGUGUGCUUUUGGAAUUAUUCUGGCCGAGAAGCGAUCUGUGAGCAGGAGUGUGAUCCUGUGCAUGCUUAGAAUCGUUGGGUUGUAUCCAACAAAGUUCUACUCAAGAGUAGACCCGUUGGAAUUAAUGAACCUAAGUUAGCCGUGCCUGUUCACUUCAGCAGGUCUACUCUGGAGAAGCAAUGCGACAACAUGAUAGACGUGUAUGAAAUUUUGCACAGGGUGGAGAAAGUGGAAAAGAGAAAAGCCGCCCCCCCCCCAUAACACUAUAUCUUGUGAGCAUCUGAUGAAGCUGAACCUUAAGAGGAUUCAGGGUAGACGAAAGAAAGAAAGUACUCCUUUGCACAAUGUGGAGUUAAACUGUGACACUCACUCCCAUAGAAGGCAGUGAUGGCCACUGACUUGUAAGGGUUUAAAAGAGGACCGGACAGAUUCAUGGAGGAGAAAGGCUGUCAGCUGCUAUGAAUCACGAUGGCCGUGCAUUACCUCCACUGCCAGGGGCAGUAAUGCUUCUGAAUCCCAGUUGCAAGAAACCACAGGAGGGGACUCCUUGUCAGGCAUAAGGUUCCUCACCGCUGACUUUAAGGCUGCCUGUUGUUCUUCUGCAGCUGUGGGACCUAAUGUGGCCUGUGGCCAGAGCUUCCCCAUAAAGAAACAAGGUUUUUUUAAUGUAUUUGGUUUUGUUUUCUGUGAGGCGUAAUUCCCAAUGAGGUGGUAAACCUGUAUCUUCAGACUGUAAUAAUAAUAAUAAUAAUAAUAAUAAUAAUAAUAAUAAUAAUAAUUUAUUAUUUAUACCCUGCCCACCUGGCUGGGUUUCCCCAGCCACUCUGGGCGGCUUCCAACAGAAUAUUAAAAUACAAUAGUCUAUUAAACAAUAAAAGCUUCCCUAAACAGGGCUGCCUUCAGAUGUCUUCUAAAAGUCUGGUAAUUGUUUUUCUUUUGACAUUUGGUGGGAGGGCGUUCCACAGGGCGGGUGCCACUACCGAGAAGGCCCUCUGCCUGGUUCUCUGUAACUUGGCUUCUUGCAGUGAGGGAACCACUAGAAGGCUCUCAGAGCUGGACCUCAGUGUCCGGGCAGAACGAUGGGGAUGGAGACGCUCCUUCAGGUAUACUGGACCAAGACAGUUUAGGGCUUUAAAGGUCAGCACCAACACUUUGAAUUGUGCUCGGAAACGUACUGGGAGGUGCAAGUUGGCCAUGGCUGAAUGCUCCUCCAUACAAACCCCACCCCCACCCCAAUGGAGAAAAUAGUACAUUGGUGACAAGAAGUGUUCAAAUUGCUGAGCCUUAUUCCUGAUGUGCUAGCUUUGUCUGCACGGGUUUCUUUUGUUAUUUUGGUAUGGAAAAUCUUCUGUCAGAGUGAGCCCCCAAGUACAGUCUGAAGUGAUACAUCCUAUGUGCAAGGUUUAGCACCUCAGUGCAAUCUGAGCUGAAGGGUGCAAGGUGGCGCUGCAACAAUAUGCCAUGUUUAGUUUAAAUUGAGAAUUAUUUCUAGCUCUGUGACAGCAGAUGAAUCAGUUGCCGUGUUCUCACAGUCACAGCUCAGCUCAAUAAGUCUAGGUAAUAAUGAGCCUCUUCCCUGAGCACAUAGCCCCUUUGUGGCGCUAACAAACAAUCCAGGAAUCCCUCUAAUUAACCACUGUUUCAUGAUUAUGAACUGCAACACUGUCCAUAAGCCAAACAGGAUAAGUGUUACUUUAGCAGGGGGCUUCUUAGUAAAUUUUGCAUGAGCUGCAUGCAAACCAGUGAUAGGUUCUGAAUGCCUGUUGUCUGCCUUGUUUUUCUCCUCCAAUGGAAGUUGUGGGGGUUUUAAUAGCUGAUGGGUAUUCUGGAAGGAGCAGGAAAAAAAUCUGCGCCUUUUCUAUGAUGUGUUAAUCCAGCAUCCGCCAACCUGGCGCCCUUUUGGACUACAACUCCCAUCAGCCCCAGCAAGCUGAAGUUGUACUCUGAAACAUCUGGAGGGGGCCAGGUUGGCAAAUGCAGUGUUAAUAAUAAUAAUAUGCUGAUAACUCUUCCUGAAAUGUAGCCUGGGGAUGACUAAACCUUCCCCAAGUGCAUUAGAGAGUUAUUUUCAUGCCUUCCUUCCCACUCACUCCCAUACUUGUUUUUCUGUUAUGCUUUUCCCAUUGUCAUCUCCUGCAGAUGGGAGUGUGCAGUGCUGCCGCUGUCCAUUUAGGGGAGAAACAUUAUUAAUUGACCUUUGCAACAUCCUCCCCGGCUUCCACAGAGUUGUUCCAAGGGAUAAUGUCAUAUCCCUUACCUGGAUUGUUGGGCUUUGAUACCGGCACUAUGGUUACAGUUCAAGAGAACACUGUGGUGUGUCUUGUGAUUUCUCUAUUUUUCUUGCCCAGCUGCAGAACAUGCACAGCUCAGUAGAUCUGACUGACUUGGACUUUUGGCUUGGCCCCUUUAGCUACUGUUUUUAGAUAGCUUGCAGGUGAGCAUGCUUUGGCUUAAGUGGCAGUUGGGAAUAGAUCUGUGGAUUUCAUUAAAGCAGGCAUAGCUAACAUUGUGUCCUGUGGAUGUUGUUGGACUCCAACUCCCAUCAUCCCUGACCACUGGACGCUCUAAUGCAGGCAUAUGCAAACUCGGCCCUCUAGAUGUUUUGGGACUACAACUCCCAUCAUCCCUAGUGGUCAGGGAAUUGUAAUCCCAAAACAUCUGGAGGGCUGAGUUUGCCUAUACCUGCUCUAAUGGGACUGAUGGGAGUUGUGGUGCAGCGCAUCUUGCCUUUAGGGGCCCUGUAAAUCUUCUGCUUCUCCUACAAUUUGCACACUGCUGUGAGCCAACUCCACUCCAACUGGAUUUGGAAUGGGUGUUUCCUCGUAUGGCUUUAAUUUGUUGUUGGUGGCGGCCACAUCCAUCUGUCCCGAGAGACAAAGAAGUGCGCCUCCAGGGGUGAAGUCAAACCACUGUGUUAGCAGCGACCUCUUUGGAGUGCAAGGCUGGGCAGUGUGUCUGGAGGUCCUGGGCUGCCCAGACAACAAUGCUCCCCUCUUGGUCUCGCUGAUGUGGACCAAAGAAAAGCAGAGCAAUACAUUUGGCACCAGAUUGGCUACAGGAGUUGACAGAAGGAGGCGCACGAGACACCACCCAACCGUCUUAGGGACUCCACUCCAGAUUAGUGUAAAGGUUUGCUCCUUAGUCUUUUCUUCUCUUGGAAGAUAUCCCGCAAGUCAGUGAAGGAUUGCUGGUCUAUUAACUCUUUGUUCUUGUUAUUGGGGAAUGGCGAUCUUUUAAAAAUCUGUUUUGUUUUCCACGCCACCCAGAGAACUGCUGUUGUGAUGUGUUGUAUCUUGAAGAGAAUGCUAUUCCACAGAACAGGGGCAGCCACACUAAAAGCCUACACUAAGUUGCUGCAGAGCGGGCUUCUGAGAUUUAGAAAUUUCCAGCAGAUCAUAAGGCUCUAUUAAGGGAUAAGGCCAUCUCUCAAGUAACCUGGUCCUGAGCUGUACAGGGCUUUGUAUUUUGGUACCAACCCAUUGAACUUGGCUUGGUAGCUGAUAGACAUUUAGAACUUGCGCCUUGAGCUAUAUAGUGGUAUCUCGGGUUAAGUACCGUAUUUUUUGCUCUAUAAGACUCACUUUUUCCCUCCUAAAAAGUAAGGGGAAAUGUGUGUGCGUCUUAUGGAGCGAAUGCAGGCUGCGCAGCUAUCCCAGAAGCCAGAACAGCAAGAGGGAUUGCUGCUUUCACUGCUCAGUGAUCCCUCUUGCUGUUCUGGCUUCUGAGAUUCAGAAUAUUUUUUUUCUUGUUUUCCUCCUCCAAAAACUAGGUGCGUCUUGUGGUCCGGUGCGUCUUAUAGAGCGAAAAAUACGGUAUUUAAUUUGUUCUGGAGGUCCGUUCUUAACCUGAAACUGUUCUUAACCUGAAGCACCACUUUAGCUAAUGGGGCCUCCUGCUGCUGCCGCGCCACCAGAGCAUGAUUUCUGUUCUCAUCCUGAAGCAAAGUUCUUAACCCGAGGUAAUAUUUCUGGGUUAGCAGAGUUUGUAACCUGAAGUGUAUGUAACCCGAGGUACCAUUGUAUUGGCAUCUAGUGCUGAUGAAUACGGACAGGUGCAUAUUUUUGGUGAUGUAUACUUUAUUUUAUCCUGCUUCUCUUCCAAGGAGCAUAGGCCGGAACACUUGGUCCUUUCUCUUCCCCUUUUUAUCCUCACAGCAGACAACUGUGUAAUGUAGUUUUGGCUGUAAAGUAGACAUCGGCCCAAGAACAUCAUGGCCGAUUGGGGAUUUGAACUUGGGUCUCCCUGAAUCUAGUCUGCUACUCCAACCACAAUGGUGCACUGGCUUAAACAUGAGAAUAGGUGGGUGAUACGUUGCUUGGGGAAUGGCUAUAGUUCAGUAGUAAGAGAAUCUGCAUGCAGAAGGUCCCAGGUUCCAUCCCUGGCAUGUCCAGGCAGGGCAGGGAGAGAGACCCCUUGCCUCAAUCCCUGGAGAGCUGCUGCCAGUCAGUGUAGACAAUGCUUAAGUAUGCCUCUGUAUAAGGCUCAGUUGAUAAGAGAAUGGUGCUGAUAAUGCCAAGGUUGCAGGUUCGAUCCCUGUUUGGGACAGCUGCAUAUUCCUUCAUUGCAGAGGGUUGGACUAGAUGAUCCUCAGGGUCCCUUCCAACUCUACAAUUCUAUUUCUGUGCCUUGAGGGAAGGGCUGCAGCUCAGUGGUAGAGCAUCUGCUUUGCACACAGAAGGUCCCAGAUUCAAUGCAUGGCAGUGGCAUCUCCAGGGUAAGAACUGCCAGCUGAAAUCCUAGGAGCUGCUGCCAGCCAGUGUAGACAAUAUUGAGCUAGGUGACUCAGUAUUCUGACUUAAUAUCAGGCAACUUCCUAUGUUGGUUUGUUGUUACGCAGUUCUGUGGGUUAAACCACAGAGCCUAGGACUUGCCGAUCAGAAGUUGGCGGUUCGAAUCCCCGCGACGGGGUGAGCUCCCGUUGCUCGGUCCCUGCUCCUGCCAACCUAGCAGCUUGAAAGCACAUCAAAGUGCAAGUAGAUAAAUAGGUACCGCUCCGGCGGGAAGGUAAACGGCGUUUCUGUGCGCUGCUCUGGUUUGCCAGAAGCGGCUUAGUCAUCCUGGCCACAUGACCCGGAAGCUGUACGCCGGCUCCCUCGGCCAAUAAGGCGAGAUGAGCGCCACAACCCCAGAGUCGGUCACGACUGGACCUAAUGGUCAGGGGUCCCUUUACCUUUUACCUGAAAGGCAGGAGAUGAGACUUCUGUGCCGGCUGCAGCUUCCAAGCUGCCUUCAAGAGGUACCCCCCACCCUCCUUUAGCGGUUAUGCAUGGGCUGCCCCCUUAUCUGUGUGGGGUGCCCGGUGGAAGGAAGAGACCUCCUUUUCUCUCAGUGCCUGGCGCAGCCUUUUGAUGUCGUUGGCUACAAAUCCUUUUAAUGCAGCAUGGCACCCUACGUGCGUGACAAAUGGCCGUGUGAGAAUUUGUCGGCUGGCUCAUCCAUCACACGCUUGUCCGUGGCAGAAGGGUAAUCAAUUUCAGCCGUUCGGCUUGUUUCAUCUUCGGUCUGCCCUGGUGCCCCACUAACCUACACAGUCAAAGAGCUCCUGCUUUUGUGUGAUGGCGGCAGCCAGGAGGGGCGGGAGAGGCUGCCCUCCUCAGUCCUGGGAGGGGUGAGCCGUGUCAGCUGGCAGACGGGAAGAGAGAGAGCUCAGUCCCUAGGCUUGCUCCUAAUUGCCAGAAAGGAGGCUGCCUUGCCAAAAGUCUCUUGGCUGGUGUGGGUUUUUUUUUGGGGGGGGGGAUAAAAGGCAGCACCCGUACCCCAAGCAUCAGCCGUAUGACAUGCCGUGAUUUUGAUUUCCAUUUUAUCUAAAUAAAUGGUGCGGUAAACCCAUCCAGAAUUAAUUUUUAAAAAGAAAAAAUGCAUGUCAAACUGGGUCUGUGCACAUUAAUUUAAAUUCUGCGUCAUGAUAACCCGGAUUCUGCAAUAUGAAGCAGUGCUGCCAGCUUCAUGCAUGAUUGGCUUGCCUUCCAUUUCCUGGAAAAAGACAGAAAUGAUCACUGGGCAGCAUUGUUUCCCUAAUAUUCUCACGCACUUCCUGGACCGUCAGGCUUUGUAAACCUUUGCAUUUAUUUGGCUGGCUUCCACGGGCCGCAAUGCCCCUGUAGUUUUACCAGCAGCUGUAUUAUCCAUGCUGCUAACAACAAAUUACGCUGCAUAUUUUUUUUUACAGAUGGCUCCGAGUCACAGGAUCGUGUGGGAGUAGCAUGAGUCCAUAUGGACCGCGCUGUUGCAAGGAAGUUCUUGUCUGAAUCAUCGCUGUUUACUGCAAGAACCUCUUUGCAAUCUUUUCAUUACUUUUAUGAGCUUGGAACAAUCUGUCGAUUAUAUCCUGGCUCCCAGAGCUUUAGAAUCGUUUGGGUUCAACAUGACCUAGUCGCUUUCUGUUCCUUUUCGCCUGUUGGAGACGGAAAGCAGGAACACUGAGCAAGCUCCUCCUCCUUCAUCCUCCACUCUGACUAUAUUCAAGUUAAUCUCCUCAAGAUCUCCAGGCAGGACUUCAUUCUGGUUUGAAUAUCAUUUGUACUUUGCAGUAUUCCAUGCAUUUUGAUCAAAAAAUUCCAAUAACAAACAAACAAACACCUUCCCAGCAACCCUUAUUGCUUAUGGCAAAGCCUAGGGAGUCCUUCACCUUCAGGACAACUUUUGAUCCUAGAGUUCACUGGUGUUAAUGCCAGAGAUCACCAUGAAUCCUCUUCACUUUUCUCUAAGCUGACUUCUCUCACCUAGAGCCCCUUUGACCCAAGGAAGAGUCUCAAUAUUUUAUUCUCCCUCACAGACUACCAAGGUUGCAGUGGUGAGACUCUGACCUCUGUCACAUUAGGAACGUAGGAACCAGUCUCAGAUUACUGGUCCACCCACCUUACUAUUGUCUACACUGGCUGGCAGCAGCCCUCCUGGAUUUCAAACGGGGUUUCUCUCCCAGCCCUACCUGGAGAUGCCAGAGAUUGAAUCUGGGACCUUCUGCAUGCAAAGCAGAUGCUCUCCUACUGAGCUAUGACCUUUCUCAUUGAAUGCCACCAUCGCAAAUUAAUGGGACCUAAUUUACUGGCUGACACAAUAGUGUACAGUAUUGGGGGGGGGGGACCCAGAGAAAUCCCUCCAAGAGACAACCUCUCUAGGCCAUGCUGAAAGAAGGAUUCUGUGAGCUAGCUCAUCGCCAGCUGAUAGACUACAGCUCUUCAAAUGCCAAAGCUUGAAUCUGAGUGCUCUGCUAAUAGCUACAUUUCAAAGGAACUAUUCCUAUGUUCAAUGCAAUUAUCACCUAGCUGUGAUAAUGCACUGCCUUUAAAAUCCCUGGCCAGCUACCUGCUACCUCUGUUAGGGAGUGAUACUAGUAGACCUUCACCCUGAGAACCCAUCCCUAAAUAAUUAUCUAAUAAUAAAUAAAUAAAAAUAUUAUUUACAUCCGGCUGGGUUGCCCCAGCCACUCUGGGCGGCUUCCAACACAUAUAAAGAAAUAAUAAAACAUUAAACAUUAGAAAGUUCCCUUUACAGGGUUGCCUUCAGGUGUCUCCUAAAACUUGCAUAGCUAUUUAUCUCCUUGACAUCUGAUGGGAGGGCGUUCCACAGGGAGGGUGCCAGUUCUGAGAAGGCCCUUUGCCUGGUUCCCUUAGCUUCACUUCUCGCAGUGAGGGAACCACCAGAAGACCCUUGGAGCUGGCCCUCAAUAUCUGUGGGACUUUGUGCUUUGGAGUGGUAGAUCACAUUUAAAGCACUUUUAUACCACUUUUAACUGUCAAGGUUUCACCCCAAAGAAUACUGGGAUCUGUAGUUUAUUAUGGGUGAUGGGAAUGAUCAAUCUGUGAGGGGGUCUUCUAACAGCUCUCAGCACCCUUAACAAACUGCAGGUCUUAGGAUUGUUUUUGGGGAAAGCCUGUAGGUCAAUGGAAAGCCUUUGCCACUCCUUUAGGUAGGGAGAUUUUUUGAUUCCGAGCCUUUGACACAUGUUUUGCAGUGUUCUAGCAAAGACGUCCAGCAUGCCUGUCUGUGUUUCAUGAAAGUAAAGCGGGUGUCCUUGCAGCACCCUGUUUUCAACCCAUACCUGGGAAGCUGCCUUGCACAGAAUCAGACCAUUGGUUCAUCUAGCUUACUAUUUAUGUCAGGGAUGAGAAACAUAUGGCCCUUCAGUUGUUGGUCUCCAGCUGCUAUGAGCUAUCAAGCCAGCAUGGCCAGUAGUCAAGAUUGAUGGGAGCUGUGGUCCAGCAACAUCUGGAGGAAGACUGGCUCCCAACACCUGGAUUACAUGAAGAGCCCAUCCAUCAGUUACUGAAUCUCGUUUGCAAAACCAAGAGAGAAAUCACAGUCUGUGGGUUUUCUCCCACUUAGUUCUACUGAAAGUAGACACUUAGAGAUGACUUAGUUAUAUCCAUUAGUUUCCAUGGAGUAAGAUAGGCAUUGGAUCCAGCGCUUAUGUUUUUCUAAGCCCCCCAAAAUUAUAUCGGUGGUUAUUUUAGUGGUCAAAUUAAUAAGACUAAUUGCAGUAAUAACUAGCGCACUCUAUAACCUUCCAGCGGAAAUCCUUUUUGGAGUUGUCACUUUGAAUCAGCUUGGCUGGCUCUCAUACGAAUGCCUUUGCUGCGAGGGUUGCCCUGCUCUGCUUUUCGUGCAAAGUCCUUUUAAUUUGGGCCGCAGCAAGCUGGAAAUGCAAGUUUCACUCUGGGGGUUCUUUCAUUUAUCUUCGGCUAGCGAUUAAGACUCUGCUUUGGUUUUAUUGGCAAUCUGAAACCCCAAUAAAAGAAAUGAAAAAGGAAGGAAAAGUGGAGUGAUGCUGGAGGAGUUAUGAUAAUCUCCCCUGAAAGAAAUGAAGAAGUAAAAUAAAAAACUAUUUUCUAAGAUUGUUGUGUGAAGUAGUGAUGGGCAACCAAAUGUGGCCCUCCAGGACUUUUCCUGGCCCUUGGGACUCUCACAAGCUGCACCCCUCACCAGCCUUUCUGCAUGUCCUCCUUGAGUACUUUUGCCUGUCUUGGAAUGUGUCCUUGACCUAAGAUAAUGCUUCUUGCUUGCCUGGAUGGAAAAGUGUGUGUAGCAUCCUCUGGAUGAAUGAAUUUUGGAACGCAGCCUACCGUGCAAAGGUGAGAGUCACAUCUUUUGCCUCUGGCCUCACCCAUCCAUGGAAUGCGGCCCCCAGAUGAUCCCUCAAGCGAGAGAAUGUGGCGCUCUGGCCAAAACACAUUCCCCAUCUGUUACAUAAGAUGUUAAUGGAAUUAAAAGAGAAAGAAGGUUAAAAUCUUGUUCUUGUACUGUCUGAUAUUGGAACUGGGUGUGUUCCAUCUUGUAUGGAUUGCUUACAUUCAGUUUUUACUGAUAUGCUAGCCUUAAUCAUUUAGAGUGCAAAGGGGAAGGUUGGAGAUGCAUGCUUCCUAAUGGUUUGGUGCUUUUGUCUUGGUCUGGUGUGUUUAUAUCCAUUGAAGAAGUUGUGCAGUCUAAAAAUAAAAGACCAUGAAAUCAAGAUCAUUUCAACUGGGCACCUAAAGGACAUCUGAUUUGAUGCCAAAUGAACUAUUAAAGGAAGGAGGUUCCGUAGCAGAGGUGCCACCACUGAAAAGGCUCUUUGUAGUAGCCCUAUACCUGUCCUUCAGAAAUUGGGAAGUACCUAGAAGGGUCCUCUAGUAUUGCACUUAAUAACAGAGUUGAUAUAGGACCAAGCUAGAUGUGAAUGUCCUACAUUCCAUUUAGCAUAGGAACAUAUGGAACUGUCUUCUACCAAGUCAGGCUAUUGUUCCAACAACUGUUGCCCACAUUGCCUGAGACCAGGUCUCCAAGGUUUCAGGCAGGGAGUCUUUCCCAGCCCUAUCUGGAAAUGUCAGUGGUUGAACCUGGAACCUUCUGCUGACCAAGCAGCUCUUCUUCCACUGAGCCAUGACCCUUCCCAAACAUAGGAGCGCUGCUUUUUACCAGCAUUCAAAAUUAGCCGGGUGCCGAGCACAUUUUGCAACUGGCAGCCAGCCUUUUGUGAAUGGAUGGAGCCAUACUUGGCGCCUGGCAUCUCCACCUGCCUGGCUGCAGUCAGCUGGUCUGCCAGGCACAGUGGCAGCAAAAGAUGCACCCGUUGUUGUUGUUUUACUGCCGCACUGCUGGGUGAAUCAGGUGUUUGGCAGGGUGGAGCAGUAGCAAAAGACACAUCUUUUGCUGCCUCACUACCCUGCAGACACCCUGAUUCUCCCGGCAGCAUUAAAAAAUUUUUUUGCUGCUGGGCUGCCUGGUCUGGUAGUGGGGCAGCAAAAAGAAGAAGAAGGUGCCUAGACAUUUUGUUUUGGCACCCACAACCUAUGUCCCAGGAGCCACAUGGCUCUUAGUAUUCCUAUCCCAGUUUCUAACACUGCUUUUUACUGAGUCAGCCUGUUGGUUCAUCUAGCUCAGCACUGUCUCCACUGACUGGCAAUGAAUCUCCCGGGUUUUAGAGAACUUUCUCAGCUCUCUGGAGGUAGCUAGGGAUUGAACCCGAGACCUUCUGCGUGCAAAGCAAAUGCCAUGCCACUGACCAACAGCAUGCAUUUUUAAAGUAAUAAUACAUACCGUAUUUUUUGCUCUAUAGGAUGCACCCGACCAUAGGACGCACCUUGUUUUAAAGGGGGAGAACAAGGGGGGGGAAAUUCUCCCCCUCUCUGCCCAGCUCCCCUUUAGUGAAGCGGCAGGAGAAACGGAGCCCCUUCCAUUUCUCCUCCUGCUUCGCUGAAGGGGCGCUGCGCAGCUCUCCCUCUCUGCUGAACUCAGGAGUCUCUUGCUCUCCUAGCUUCAGCAAAAGGAACCCAAAGCCUCCGGAGCGCAGCGGGAGCGCUCCCUCUGCGCUUCGGAGGCUUCGCGUUGCUAUCACUGAAGCCAAGGAGCCUGCAUUCGCUCCAUAGAACGCACACACAUUUCCCCUUAAUUUUUGGAGGGGAAAAAGUGCGUCCUAUAGAGCGAAAAAUACGGUACAUACAUACAUACAUCAUUUUCUUUCCCUCCCCCUCCCCUUUUAGGAAGAUUACCCGCUCUGAGACCCGACAGCUAAUUCUCCCCUGGCCUCCUCGCUGGCCCAAGUAGGACUAAUUCAGCCAGCUAGCCCUGGUGACUAUCUAAUGCUUAUUGGAUGGAUUUCCCCCAAAUUGAUUUUUGAACUUUGAAUUUUAUUGUUAUUCAUGCUUUUAUACUGUAUUUUAUGCCGCUUCUAUGUUGUAUUACAAUUAAGUGUUUUAAAUUAGUUGCUAGCUGUCCUGAGCCCGGUUUUCUGAACCGGGAAGGGCGGGGUAUAAAUAAAAAAUUAUUUAUUUAUAUUUAUUUAUGCCACCUUUCCAUAGCUAAAACCAUGCUCAAGGUGGCUUACAGCAGGAAACAAAUUACAUAGUUAACAAAUAUAACUGUAAUAGUCAAAAACAAUAAAUAAAACACACAAAAAGUACACAACCAAAUCAAACAAUUUCCACAUGAAUCAUAGCAAGAUUUAAAAACAAGGAUACAAACAAUUAUUGGUAACAGCAACAGUCCCCCUUGCAUCAACCAUCCCUAAACGUACCCUAACCCAAGACCAACACACAUUCCUCACCAUGACCAUGCAAGAUUUUUUCUUUUAAAAAGCUUUUUCUUUGAAGAAAGUGCAGUCCCUUUUAUUCUUCUUCUUUAUUCUUUAUUAAAUUUCUAUACUAAUCCUCUGUCUGAGGACCUCAUGGCGGUUUGCAACAUAAAAACUCAAAAAUACGUAUCAAAAUAAAAAACAAUAACAGUAACACACACCCAACAUGACUUUGUUUGGGUUUGCUCUUUUAAGAGGGGGACAAUUGGGUUUUGUUCAUAAAGCAAAUAUCUCCCCUAAUGUUAACCUAACAGGUGUUGAGGACCUCAUUUUCAUUGGUUUUCUGGUGUGAUUUGCCUCUCUGAGGUCUCAGUGCAGUUUUGCGCCCCACCCUACCCCCCAAUUCAGUGUUAGAAACUCAGAUAUAUAAACUGGGUGUCAAAUGGCAUCUUAAUUCUAGGCUGUGGUUGCUGCAGCGCAAUGUCUGUUCGCCAGGGUGAUCCUCAAGGUCCUUUCCAAUUCUACGAUUCUAUGAUCUCAACUCCCAUCGCUUGAUUGUUCUUUACUCUUACAACAGUUCACUCGUCUCGGUAUGCAAGAAAGAGAAACACAGUAGAAAUGGAAAUGAUAUUAACUAUGGACUAAAGCAGAGGUUUUUAAACUGUGGCUACCAACCUGGUGCCCAGAAAUCUCCACGUGGUUGCAGUUGGACCCAACGCCAGUAGCAAAAUGUACCUGGCGUGUUUCGAAUUUCGAACACUUGCCCCCAUUGCUAUUUUCAUUGGUGGUGGGGGGUGCUGUUGGUGCCAACUGCAACUUUAAUCUUGAACCCAAGUAAAAGGUGCAUUGCAGCUAUGCUGGGUGCAGAAAAUAAAAAAAUUCCCUUACAGAGGCCUGAUGUGGAUUUGGCGAGGGCUGUUUCCGGUUUACUUUAAAGAAACAAAUUAAUAAAUAAACAAGUCAUGUAAUUGUGUGGAUGGUGUCAUGUCCAGGAUGCCCGUUCAAUUCAGCAGCACAUCUUGGGCGGAUGGUUUUCUCUCUGUAUCUGUGUGGUGGCGAGAGCAUCUGCGCUGCGCUCUGAGUCACUUAAUGCCAUGGUUACUUUCUUCGCUUCUCUUUGGGGUCAGUGCCAGGGACGAUGAUUAACCGCUAUGUUUGUUUACCCCCUGCAGAAGCUGGAGGCCAAAUCUCUCAUCAAACUGAACUUUGCUAAAAACAGCAAUGGUGAGUCGGCACUCUUGAGUCUUUUGAAAGCUUCCCCCCUCCCCCUUCUAUUUAAAGGAGCUGGAAAUGUGAAUAGAUGCCACACAGAAUGCAGAGUGACACAGACCAUUGCCCAGAUGGGUUAUGCAAUCUGAAGUUGUCUCUCUCUCUCUCUCUCUCUCUCUCUCUUUCUCUUGCAUAGGCCCCAUCUGCUUAUGCACUUUAAACAGUCAUGACUACCUGCAAAGAAUCCUGGGAGGUGUAGUUUGUCCAGUGUGCUGAGAGUUGUUAGGAGACCCCCCUAUUCUCCCCACAGAAAGCUGCAGUUCCCAGAAUUCCCUGGGGAUAGGGAUUGAUUGUUAGACCACUUCGAGAACUGCAAAAGAACAUGGAUUGAUACGUGAAUAUAUUUCUGCUUUGUGGUGCACACGUACCAUUAGGUUGCUGCUGUUGCACUUGAAAAGGCCAUAAUUUUUGGAAUGCUGUGUGAUGAGCCAGUGCAGUGUAGUGAUUAGAAUAGGACAAGAGAGACCUGAGAUCUCCACUUACCCAUAAAAGCCAGUAACUCUCAGCUUCACAGGGUUGUUCUGAGGAAGAAAGGAAUGGAGGAGCAACCGUUGGACUUGUUAGCCAUCAGCCGCUUCUGCUGGAAGGUGUUCUUAUAUAUCUAUAUAUCUAUAUCUAUAUGUCUGUCAGGCUUCGGGGAAUCUGAUCCCUCCCACGGUGGCAGCCAAGAAGCAGAUAAACAAGAAGAGUUCUUACCAAGUACUUUAUUCAGUGGGACGCGGGUGGCGCUGUGGGUUAAACCACUGAGCCUAGGGCUUGCCAAUCAGAAGGUCGGCGGUUUGAAUCCCCGCGACGGGGUGAGCUCCCGUUGCUCGGUCCCUGCUCCUGCCAACCUAGCAGUUCGAAAGCACGUCAAAGUGCAAGUAGAUAAGAGGUACCGCUCCGGCAGGAAGGUGAACGGCGUUUCUGUGCGCUGCUCUGGUUCGCCAGAAGCGGCUUAGUCAUGCUGGCCACAUGACCCAGAAGCUGUACGCCGGCUCCCUCGGCCUGUAAAGUGAGUUGAGCGCCAUAACCCGAGAGUCUGCCACGACUGGACCUAAUGGUCAGGGGUCCCUUUACCUUUACCUUUACUUUAUUCAGUAUUCAUACAGAGAGACAAAGAAAUGCAGUAUCUCUUAGAUAAUGGCAUUGAUUUGAGUAAAGUCCCACCCCCCUUUGUCUCUCCUAUUCUACGUCAUCCCCGUGUUGGCUGAUCUGAGCUUUCUGCCUCUGAGCUUUCUGUUCUACUGCUCUCAGUGCCUGCCUGGUCCUGGGAGAGGGGGGAUCAGGAAUGCUUUGCAAAGACACUGAAUCUGUCAGCUGUCUCUCCCCUGGUGCUGCUUCUUCCUGCUUCUUCCUCUCCCAGUAUUUCCCGGCUUCUCCCCUCUGCAACCUCUGAACUAUGACCUUCUGCAAACCACUGUUGUAAAUCUAUCCUCCUGUUCCCAGGAAGGUUCAGGAGGGACAGUCCUCCCCAUUCCUCCUCAAUCCAGCCCCUGACAAUAUCUGUAUAUAACUACAAACACACAUAUAUAAUUCUGUAUAUUAUUCACAAAGUUGCUUGUAGCAUCUGCUGCACAUUGCACAAUGCAUGUAAUAAUUGCCACUCGUUUCUGAACCCUCUUCCUUCUCCAAAUCAGGUAAAUACCACUGCCCGGUUCUCUUCACUGUGUUCACUAAUAAUUCUCACAUAGUGGCUAUCAAGACAACUGGGAACGUGUUCGCUUAUGAGGUGAGUUCUCUACUGAACCAGGUUAUGAAGUUACCCUGUUAGAAAAUAUUGGUGCCUGGAUCGUUGGUUUGUUGGUAUAUUUAAUCAUGCUUUCUUAUGAAAGGCAGUAUACAACCUUCUCUCCGCCCCACUCCCCCCACUCUGUGGAGCCUGCUGAAGCAGGUUGCAUCUCACAUGCUUUUACACAGAGCCAGCUGCAGAGCAGGUGUGAGGAAGCUUGGGCCCUCUAGAUGUUGCUGAGCUACAACUCCCAUCAGCCCCAGCAAGCAUGGCCAAAGGCCAGGGAUGAUGUUCAUCAGCAUCUGGAGAGCAAAAGGUUCCUCACACCUGCUCUACAGCUGGCUCCACAUAAAAGGGGUAUUCCCAGCAGCAGACAGUUCUGCUGCCCCAGAAGCAUCUCAUGGAAGGAGGACCCCAAAAAGGCCCUGGGAUAUGUGUCUAGGGGCUACAGAGGGGUGGGGAAGUUGGGCAGUACCAGCUUGCUGAACUGCACUGGGAGGGAGACAAAGGGUGGCUUAAAAACAAACAAGCCACUUUUGAAUGAUAAAUGUUAAUUGAAUAUUACCCUUAAAUCCUUUCUGCUUGGUUAUAAUUUUUGAAUCGUGCUUUGGUUCUGCCGUGCUUGCAUAUAUACCUGUUCCUUAUUCAAAACCACGAUAAGCUAUAAAUGACAAGCACUUGUACUUCUGCUUGCAGCUGCCCUUUUUCCUGUCGGGAGCUUUUGGGUGCUGAGAUUUCUGCUCCUUUGACGCGAAUUCUUGCUACGCAGUCACCUCCUGACCCCUUUUGUUUAAAUGCUCUGUGUUGAUUCUGAAAACGGAACAGGGCACAUUCCAGAGCACAAUGGAGGCAAAGAAUGCCCAGGCUUAAAAAAUACCCAGCAGCAUCACCUAGCAAUAUUCCAGCCAUGACUCGGAAUGGUGUGUUGCUCCUUCGUCAUGCUGAUCCUUGAUGUCAGAACACCUCUCCUUGAUAUCACCUGAUCAUUAAUGCACUUUGCUGUCCAAAGAAUUUCUCAAUCCCGAUUCAUGCUGUCAAGAAAACCUCGCCCAAAAUCCAAGUCCUUGGUUCUCAGUGGUUCAGAUGGUGCCAACAUCCAGGGUGUAAAACCAUCCCUAUUGGGUAGGGCAGUUGUCCACCCAGCUGGAGCCAGGAGAUCUCAAGCUGUGCUCUGGGUGUCCCCAAGAUCCAAAGAGAAAAUCCAAAGUACCACGCUCUGCUUCUGGGGCCUCAAGCGAAAGAAGCCAGAUUACACUGUAGCAGAUCUGGCUAAAGACGUCCAAAACACUGGUUUAGAACCAAGGCAUAACCCAAAUAAGCUCACUAAAAGGAAAAGGCAAGUAACAAUUAAAAAUAGCAGUAAAGAACGAAACCUGUUUACAAAAUUGGAAGAAAUAGGAAAGGGAAAUGCAACCAGGUAUGAUCAACAUACACUACUGGCCUCACACUCGACACACAGACAUAGAAUCAUAGAAUUUUUUGAGUUGGAAAGGGACCCCCAAGGGCCAUCUAGUCCAACCCCUUGCAGUGCUGAGGAAUCCCUGACAGAUGGCCAUCCAACCUCUGUUUGAAGGAGAGUCCAACACAUUCCAGUGUAGUCCACUCCACUGUGGAACAGCUCUUACUGCCAGAAAGCUAUAUUUCAUCGGAAUUGCCUUUCUUUUAAUUUGAAUCCGUGGGUUUGGGUGCUAACCUUUGGAGUGGCAGAAAACGAGCACACUUCAUCUUUCAUGUGGUAGCCCUUCAUCUGCAAAAGGGCGUCUACUCUACUGCCCAGGGUGUACAGGCUCUGCACAGGAUCUGUCCAUCGUGCUGAGUGCUUCUUGGGCUCCUCUUUGCAACAUGCAGCUCAUUGUGUGGAAGUUGGGGGCAGAACUGGUGUCACACGCAAUGACAGAGGCAGGGGGAACUUUUGUGUCACUGCUCCCCAUCUAUGUGUUGGCCCUUCCCUUCGUGUGGCUAACGCGCGACUUGGAAUUUUACAGUGUACAGUGGAACCUCGGUUGCCGAACGCCUCCGUAGUCAAACAUUUCGGCUUUCGAACGCUGAAAACCCAGAAGGACCUGCUCCGGUUUUCGAACGAUUUUCGGAAGCCGAACGUGUUACGUGGCUUCCAAUUUGAGUUUUCCUAUUGUAUUGAGGUUUUUGGGUUUUGAACGUUUCGGCAGUCGAAAGGUCUUCCGGAACAGAUUACGUUCGAAAACCGAGGUGCCACUUAAGGUUCAUGAGCUUUUGAGUCCUACAAAAAUAUUGUUAAACCCUGGCAGUUGGGUCUGUGCCUACAGCGUUCUUAAUGCUUGUGGUUACAGUAUUCUUAGUGCAUGGAUUAACUGAACUCUAAAACACAGCACUUUAGAAGUUAGUGUUUUCAUUUUCCCCCUGCACCCAAAAGAACCAGAAGAAACACUUUUCUUCUCCUUGGUUGGUGGCAGUAGUGCUGCUGAAUCCCAGCUGAUAGAAAACAGAGGGUGGGAGAGUGCUUCUGUGCUCAGGUCCUGCUUGUUGGCUUCCCAGAGGCAUCUGCUUGGCCACUGUGAGAACAGGAUGCUGGACUAGGUGGGCCACUGGCCUGAUCCAGCAGAACUGCUCUUAUAGCUAGGCUACAGCUCCUACAAUCCCUGUCCAUUGAAUGGCCUUGCUGGCUGAAGUCCAACAACAUCCACAGGGCCACAGGUUCCCUGCUGUUGCCUUAUAGGAUUGUAAAAGGUAAAAUAUUGCAUUGAGCUUUUGGGACAUCUUUUCUGACUUCAUAUGUCUUUUUCUCUGUCUCACUUUUUAAGGCAGUUGAACAGCUGAACAUAAAAACAAAAACCUACAAAGAUCUCUUAAGUGACGAGCCCUUUACUAGGCAAGAUAUUAUCACGCUACAGGUAAGAUACUGUUAUCACUGUUUUAAUUAAUUAAGGAUGUUUAAAUAAGGGAUGUAUGGGGUAUUAGGGGAGGGGGAUAUCAUCAUCCUUUGGGGGUAGUUUGCCCACCUUUCGUCCCCACCCUGCACUCAGCUCUCACUUGUGGCUCCAAGAAGUUGUCACCUGCUAUACCCAAGAAAUGAUUUUGACUGGCCAGCUAAACCAGGUGAGGGUAGUCGAUGGGUCUCAAACCCUCAGUGAGACUUCCACUGCAUGAGAAAGCAGGCUCUGACAGAUUGAGCAGACAGCACCAAUAGUGGGUCCAGCCGUCCAGAAGGCAGUUUCUGCAUGUGCAGUAGAGUGAAAUGAGGAGCAGAUGGGGCUCCUCCACCUGGGAAAGUACCCCAUCUAGGAAAAGGAAAGCUCUGACCCUACACUUCCGCUGUCUUGCUGGAUAUCUUCGGGAGAAGAGAAGGCUAAUGAGUAAACUCUACGCAGAUCCAGAGUGGGGGCCCUAAGAUGUUUGGAUGGCACCUUGUAUUGCUCCUUCCGGCCACACCUGCAGCCAAGCAUAUUGCUCCGCUUUCCUUUGGUCCAGAUCAGCAAGGCUGAGAGUGGGGGGUCUGGUCCUCUGGACAGCCCAGGACCCCCAUACACACUGCCCAGACUUGCACCCUGCAGAGGUCACUUUGGCGCUGCCAAGGCAGCGGUUUGACUUCACCCCUGAGGCACAAUCCCAUUGUCUUUUGAGACAGAUGGAUGCCAACCUGCUAAGGAUGUUUGAUUGCUCUAAUGGAUUUGUUAUUAUGCAUUUUAAUUAUGUACUUGUGUUAAUAGUUCUAAACUGCUUGGAAGCAGAUUUGGCAAAAAAGUGGUAUAUAAAUUAAUUGAUCAACAACAAUUAGCUAACUAACUGCCUAGGCAAGCUAGACGCAAAAUCUGAGUUUGAGGCACAUUCCGUCAAGGCAAAAGCACUCAAAGAUGGUGUGAAGCAAGGCCUGUGGAGAGUGUGGCUGGGGAGGGGUUGUGGCCCGGGGAGAGUUUCAAGGGCCACAUAAAGGGUCGUGGGGGGCCACAUACGGGCCCUGGGGCUGAGGUCCACCAUUCCUGAUCUUCCACAUCUCUUUUCAAAAACUGUGGAAGUAAUAAAACGUGAUUUGGAAAAGAGCAAGCUGCAGAAUAAUCUUCUGCAUGCAGCUUCUAUGCCUGUCUGUGUUCUGUGCAAUGAAAAUCCAUUUUCUUCAGCUGCCGCCCAGCUCUUAAAGGAGAAAACAAAGGGAAAUAAUUUACAAGCGUGCAGAAAGGGGAGAGAAAGGAAGCCAGUGGGCUGCCGGUUGGGUGCCGGCCCGCACUGCUUGACUUCGAAAAUGUCUUUUGGUUUUACUGCCAGCCGUAAAACUAAAGAUUUAUUCACCAGUGAAAGCAAACAAUUUCAGGGAUGAAUGAAAGACAUAAUUAUGUUAUUUAAUGAGAGGCAGAGCAGUUGGCGCUCUCUGGUGAGUUAGUGGUGAUGGAAUAUUGGAUGGUUUCUUAUCUAAAGUCACAAUGCUGCAUUCAUCUUGACUUUCCCCAUUUGCAUUCAUAUCGACAGACAGUUCUCCCAGCGUUGCUUUGGGACUUGAGGCCACACUCUGUCCUCCUUACUACCCUGUUAAGAUAUAUGCCUCUAGAAAAUCAUCAAAUCAUGUUGGAAACCACCACCCCCCACUUGACUUCAAGUUUCGUCACACUCAAAUAGAGCACCCUAGCAUGAAGAGUUUCAUUUAAAGCUGUUGCUGGAGAAAAUGCAACACCCUCCCCCCACAACGGCAUAAAUAUGGUUGGAUUAUCAGCAUCCUGGCUUGACGUUUCAAGAUGGCUUGGCCUUCACAUAUUUUUGCAUUGUGUUUCCUUUUCGUUUUUAGGAUCCAACCAAUUUGGACAAAUUUAACGUCUCCGGCUUUUUCCAUGUGAAGAACAACUUGAAAGUGACCGAUCCAGGUAAGAACGGUUGUCAGGAGGCUUGGAGGCCAUGAAAGAAGCAAAGCAGAACGUUAAAUGGAAAGCAGACUGAGCCAUUGUCGCAUCAAAAUGCGGUGGAACAGCCCAAUGGGGCUACUUGUCCUGAAAGUGCAGUGCUGGCGGUCAGUGAGCUAACAGGCCCAGUUCCAGCUGUUAAUACAGUGGUACCUUGGUUCUCGAACUUAAUCCGUUCCUGGAGUCCGUUUGACUCUCGAAACCGAUCAAAUACCAAGGCGCAGCUUCCGAUUAGCUGCAGGAGCUUCCUGCAGUCAAUCGGAAGCUGCGUCGGAUGUUUGGCUUCCUCAAAAUGGAGUACUUACUUCCGGGUUUGCAGCGUUUGGGAGCCAAUUUGUUUAGGAGCCAAGCCAUUCAAGUACAGUGGUACCUCAGGUUAAGUACUUAAUUCGUUCCGGAGGUCCAUUCUUAACCUGAAACUGUUCUUAACCUGAAGCACCACUUUUGCUAAUGGGGCCUCCUGCUGCCGCCGCCCCACCAGAGCACGAUGUCUGUUCUCAUCCUGAAGCAAAGUUCUUAAUCUGAAGCUCUAUUUCUGGCUUAGCGGAGUCUGUAACCUGAAGCGUAUGUAACCUGAAGCAUAUGUAACCCGAGGUACCACUGUACUAGGGUACCACUGUACUGGUGUACAAAGCCACAAGAAUCUUCACACCCAAGUUUCUAAAAAAACCCACUCCGCUUUCCCCAAGAUCAACCCCCUCGGGCCCUACGAUCAGCAGGGCCUGUUGAUGGCGCCUCCUGGUUGCAGGGAGAGGUAACUCAUGACAGGGCUUCCUUGGUAAUGUUGAAUUAUUAUUUAAAUUUCUUACCCAUCCUUCACCAUCAGGUUCCAGAGAAGGUGACAACAAAUUGAAAUUCAGUUUUGAAAAUAGUUGAAACCAAUUACUGUCAGAGGAGUACGGUGGAUCCUCAAAACACAUACCUCAGGUGUCUUAAGGCCAGGGUAACGGAAUGGCAUCUCUAGUGAGCUGGGCUUUCUUGCUUCCUUAUUAACUUUUGGGAGCAAUUUAAUGAGGCAGACAGAGCCACUUCACUAGGGAGGCCAUUCCGUUCCCCUGGCCUUAAGGCACCUGCUGUGGGUGCCAGAGAUUGUCAGAUACGAAACACCAGCAAAACCGUGAAUGCCAAGAAGCCGUUUUCCUGUUGAUGUUGUUUUGCAGAUGAUGAAAAAGCAAGGUCAGACCCGUCCUACUACCUGAAAAAUGCAAAUGUCGAGACCCGGGAGACUCUGUCGGAACUUUACAAAGAAUUCAAAGGGGAUGAAGUUUUGGCAGCAACAAUGAGGGGACCAGAGAAGAAGAAAGUUGAUAAGCUGAAUGCGGUGAGUUGCGUUUGCUGAUUGGUAAAUGGCCACUUCUGAAUGGCUAGCGGAAAGGCAGGAGGCAUCUUCAGUAUAAAAGAGAGAGGCUGGAUGCAUCAGCAGCAGGGAAGCAGCCUGGCUAAUCAGCCGCAGAUUCACAUCUCCCCAAUAGCCGUUGAUUGUCUGGGACCUUGGCCUCUGUGUUGGUAGUUGUGCCAUCAAACUGUACAUUAUGCAAGACACCAGGCUCUUGUCUUGCCACCUCCCUUCCCUGCGUCCUCCAGCCCUGCUUCUUGAGGCGUCUGAGAGUUGUUAGGAGGCCCCCGUUCCCCUCAGGGAACUACAGUUCCCAGAGUUCCCUGGGAAGAGUGCUUGUUAAACCACUCUAGCAACUGUAGUUAUAGGUGUGGAAUAGGAACCUCUUAACAGCACCCUUGACAAACUACAGUUCCCAAGAUUCUUUGCUAUGACUGCUCAGAGUUUUAUGAUGCAGUGCAGAUGUGGCCUUAUGCUCUGAUGGGUAUGCUUUAAGGCAGAGGUGGGGAGCCUGUGGCGCAUCAUCACUACCAUUGGCCGUGCUCUCUAGGGCUGAUGGGAGUUGAGCUCCAACAGCACCUUGUGGGCCCAGACUUCCCAUCCCUGUUUUAAGUAAAUGAGCACUGACCCAACCUUCAUUCCUAACACUUGGCAACUUCUGAAAACCCAUAAAUUAAGGGAUCUAUCCUGAGGUUUCAUAACCUUCCUCCUUCCUCCCUGGUGAUGUGAGGUGAGAAUAUUCUCCACAAACUGUAAAUUCUCUGUCGUCUACACAGCUGCUUUAAAUGUACACACCUCAUUAAUUGAGCAUAUUCCUUGAGAAUAUUCUCCAAAAGAUUAUUCUUGAGAAUUUAACACAGGCAUAGGCAAACUCCGGCCCUCCAAAUGUUUGGGACUACAGUUCCCAUCUUCCUGUUAGCUAGGUCCUGUUAGCUAGGGAUGAUGGGAAUUGUAGUCCCAAACAUCUGGAGGGCUGGAGUUUGCCUAUGCCUGAUUUAACAUCACUAUUCCUCCCAUGCGCAAGAGUGAUUCAAAGGGCUGCGUUAGACAGUCAUGAGAAUUGCCUGUAAAAAUAAUUAGAAUUUCAGCUCAGUUACACAACUGCAACUCAAAAGACAUCUGGAGGAUCCAACGGCUCCUGGUUUAUGGUGGGAAGUGUUGUGGCGCAGGAUUGCCGUAUGUCAUUUCUUCACAGCGAUGGGGUCCUGGUUUUUCUGUCGGUCUGGAAUGCAGAUUCUGUGGCUUGAUGGUGCAUCCGAGUGUUGCUGAUUAUAUUAUUGCGGCCUGAAAGGAAAUAGUGCCAGUCAGCAGUACAUCUUGUGUAGGAUCACACACAUUGGGCUGUGUCCAAUGGGAUGUCACCUUCCUCUCCUCUCCCCUGCACCCCCCAAAGAAGUCUGCUCGGGACGGUCUCCCAACCCUCUGGAGCAGAUUUUGAGGGUAUGCAGGGAAAAGGAGGAGGGAGUUUUGUCGCACAACCCGAAGUGUGCUGCAUGAGCAACGCUGUAUAUAACCCCAAGAUGCAAGCAAGUACAGGCAGCGGCCGUUUUAAGCAUGUCUGAUAUGUGUGUGGCUGCGCAGACAAGCGUCAUGCCAAAUCUGGAAGUGACCUGAAGACAUCACUAAAAGGGGUCCCACUGUUGUGCUCGGGGGUCCAGAAGGUAACCCCUGUGCAAAUCGGUUGCUGCCUGUAGUAGAUUUGCACCAACCAAAUCUGCAACAUCCUGCUCCUUUUGCCCAACUUAGCAGAAAUGUGUUUGGAGGUGCACAGUGUGGAUUUUAAAUGAUGAAAUGACGCCCUUCCCCAAUAGUGAAAUUAAUUCUUGUGGUGUGAUUUUUACAUAUUGUUUUACACGUUUGUUGGUACAGUGGUGCCUUGGUUCUCAAACUUAAUCUGUUCCGGAAGUCCGUUCCAAAACCAAAGCGUUCCAAAACCAAGGUGCGUUUUCCCAUAGAAAGUAAUGCGAAAUGGAUUAAGCUGUUCCAGACUUUUAAAAACAACCCCUAAAACAGCAGUUUAACAUGAAUUUUACUAUCUAACGAGACCAUUGAUCCAUAAAAUGAAAGCAAUAAACAAUGUACUGCAGUCACACAAUCAAUCAAUCAGUAGAUGAACUGGGUUCCACACAGUCACAAAAACCCAAAAUAAAUAGCAAAAACAGACAAACCCCAGUGUAACACUCAAAACAGAAGCGUGGCACUCAAUUUUGAAGCAUAACACUCAAAACAGAGCACAUUUGGCUUCCGAAAAAAGUUCACAAACCAGAACACUUACUUCCAGGCUUGCAGUGUUUGAGUUCCAAGUUGUUUGAGUACCAAGGCAUUUGAGAACCAGGGUACCACUGUAUAUGCUAAACAUUUGCCAUUUUUAAAUUAUUAUUCUGUGUGGGCAGGUGGGAAGAUUUUGUAUCACCGCACAUGUGAUGGUUAGCUGUCUUUGUUUUGAAAAGGAAGGCCAGACAGAAGCAUCUUGAAUUACGUAAUUUUGUUUGUUUCAACAGGCUCACUAUUCCACAGGCAGAGUGAGUGCCUCAUUCACGUCCACCGCCAUGGCACCUGAAACGAUGCACGAAGCAGGUAGCGUCAUGCAGGGUGGCGGGGCUUGUCCUCUUCUCUCUCACACCCCUUUCCCAUUGUGGCAAGGUAGCAGGGGGAGGGGUGCAUCUCUCUACACAACCCGCACCUCUUGUAAAAAAACCCUACAAGCAGCUGCAAAUGAAGGCACAACGUUAGUGCCAAAGCAAAUCACAUGCUUUGCAUGUAGAAAAUCCCAGGCUCGGUUUCCACUUUAAAAAUAAUAUCACCAGGCAGAAGGUACAUUGUAGGGCUGCCCCUUCCUCUUCUAAAAGUUCCUCAGAUGACCUAGAAACCGAGACUUAUGAGGAAAGGUUGAAGGAGCUGGGUAUGUUUAGCUUGGAAAAGAGGAAGAAGAAGAAGAAGAGUUUGGCUUUGAUAUCCCGCUUUAUCACUCCCCGAAGGAGUCUCAAAGCGGCUAACCUCCUCCUUUCCCUUCCUCCCCCACAACAAACACUCUGUGAGAUGAGUGGGGCUGAGAUACUUCAGAGAAGUGUGACUGGCCCAUGGUCACCCAGCAGCUGCAUGUGGAGGAGCGGGGAAUCGAACCCAGUUCACCAGAUUAUGAGUCCACCGCUCUUAACCACUACACCACACUGGCUCAGGAGACUGUGAGGGAGCUAUCUUCAAAUAUCUCAAGGGCUGUCACGUGGAAGAGAGAACAAGCUUGUUUCCACCUGCUCUGGAGGGUGGGACUCGAACCAAUGGCUUCAAGUUCCUAAGAAGGAGAUUCUGACUAAACUUCAGGAAGAACUUUCUGACAGUAAAAGCUGUUCGACAGUGGAAUGGUCCCCCUUGGGAGGCUGUGGACUCUCCUUCCUUGGAGGUUUUUAAGCAGAGGUUGGAUGGCCAUCUGUCAUGGAUGCUUUAGUCGAGAUUCCUGCAUUGCAGGGGCUGGGAUGGAUGACCCUUGGGGUCCCUUCCAGCUCCACAAAUCUAUGAUUCUAUGACCUACGCUUUUUAAAAAAAAUGUAUUACUGCCUGGGGGGAAAGUAUCAUAGGUCAUUGGGGAGAUGAUAAAAGGACGAGUUGUUCUGAAAACACUGUUAAGCCUGCCGUUUAAUAUGCAUGGCAAGCUGUGGCUUAAUUCCCUUAAUUUUAGCGGGCGACAAUGACGUUUCGCGUGGAAGGUUAUCUGACCCUUCUGAGCUCGAGUCACAUUGCUUGGCCUCCAGAAGCACGGGGGAGCAGGACUAAUUUCAAGUGACCUUUGAAAGGUGGAGGGUGAAGAUGUUCCCUGUAGCAGGUUGCGUCUUACUCAUUGUUAUCGUCACCGAUGACUGAGACACAUUUAACAAGUGCUAAUAAUUUCACCCUUUACUUCGUCGAGCAGCUGCCAUUGAUGACGACACGGUGCGAUACCAGUACUUGAAGAAGAAGAAGGGCUACGUGCGACUUCACACCAACAAAGGGGAUCUCAACCUGGAAUUGCACUGCGACAUGGUACGUGGCUGUUCGAUUAUGCCAUCACAAAUGCUAUUACUACACUGUCACAGACUGGUAAAAAUGACUAAUAAUAAAAUGGGCCGUGCCAUUGCUUUUCAUUGCUGCGUUAUCAAGGUUUUGCAUUUGUGAAUGAACAGAGAAGGAUGUCAGACUUACAGCAGUGUUUGCCAAACUUGGAUCUCCCAUCUGUGGUUUGUUUUGUUUCUGUUUGUUUUUUGGACUACAACUCCCAUCAUCCAUAGCUAGCAAGACCCAUAGUCAGGGAUGAUGGGAAUUGUAGCCUGUAAGCCACUGGAGACUCAAGUUUGGGAAACACUGAUCUACAGCAUAAGUGGGGAACUUUCGGCCUGUGAGACAAAUUUAACCAUUGAGGACAUUACUCCCAAACCUCACCCACCUGCCCUACGUCACAUGUGGUGUCAUAAGAACAUGAGAAAAGCCUGCUGGAUCAGGCCAGAGGCUCAUCCAGUGUUGGGCGGGUAGAGAGACAUGCCUGCCAGUGCACAAUUGAGAUCCUUAAAGUGCACUCCCAAUUGUGAAUUGGCAAGGGAAAGCAGGCUGAGACUCUGCUGCCCGUCAGCUGGUGGGCAUUAGAGACAAAGCCUCAGCCAUUUUAAGACAUUGCUCCAGGAUCUUCCAGAACUUCAGAGCACUCAGUCACCUGGCAUCGUUCCAACACUACCCACUUGUUAAAUUUGGCCCACGAGGCAGAUCUGACCUGCUGAGGCAAAAAGGUUCCCCUCUCUGAUCUAUAGGGUUUGCUAUCCAAAUUACUGUAUGCUAAUGGCAAUUCAUGCUAAUAGGUAACUUUUUCGGGCUACAUGGUGGGAUUUUAUUAUAUAGGCUACCAGUGCAGGCCUUCUUUGACAGCUUCCUGAAGUUUGCUUGGAAAUUUGGAAUGAUUAUGUACCAUUGGAGAUAUAAUUGUGUAUACAGUAUUUGUAUAUUUAUUUAUUUAUAUAUACAUACAGUGUGUGUAUAUCCAUGUGUGUGUGUCUCACAUACACACACACACACACACACACACACAGAGAGAGAGAGGUUUUCUUGCAGGGUUAUUAAUUUCUGCUUUGGUCUUUUUUAGUUUAUGCAUAAAAAUCAAAUACAAAUUAAAUAUGAAUCAUCUGGAUGUGCUCUAGAACAUUUUUUUUACCAUCUACUGGCUGCCUUACCUGCAGUGAGAACCCAGGGAGACUUUAAAAGGGGAAUGGAAGUGGGCCUAAUGGGGGAAUCUGCCUGCCAUUAUUUACACUGAAAAAACUCAGUAUAAUUUAAGUAGUCCAAAAAACAAAAGAAAUAUUUAAAAGGCCGAUGGAAUUAUAAUACAGAAGAACCACUGUAAAACAGCAGUGGGGAGGGUGGUAAUAUUCCAUGAGUUUCCAGAAGGGCCUCCCCAGGGAGAAAUGGGUGGGAGCAGCAAUGAGGUUUUGGGACAGUUUUUUCUCCAGCCACCCAUCUAUGCGCUUUUCUCCCAGAUGGAUGCAAGUGGCAGGUGGCCUGUGUGGUAUCGACUCAGCACGUGAUGAGUCGUCAGCUAUGUGGCAGGGUGAUGCAAACAUUUUGGAACCACAUUGUGCCGGGGUGGUUCUCAGGAGCCUUCAUCAAGUGUUUUUAAUGCUGACCAGUUUUUCUCACUUCCGGGGGCGGCGCGAACGGUAAUGGCGGUCUUCUCCCGACCGGAGAAGAAGCUCCGCUGAAACCGGGUCGUCCGCUACGGCGAAGCGGAGACCCAGUGAGAAAAACCCCAGGCAGCAAGAGCCUGGGGUCCUGAGGCUCGGCGGGCGCCAAGAGCAGCCCUCCAACUGCAGAAGGAGCCUCGUAAGAGGCUCCGGAGCGUGGAGGGGGGCUGCGGCGCUGUGAGCCGUUUCACAGUCAGCGGAGUGAAGCCGCGCUGCUGCUGCCGGUGAGCGCUGAUCCCUUUUCCUGUUAAAAUUCGGACCUGGAAGAAAACAACUUACUCGUGAGUAAAGACUGAAUCACUUGGAAUUACAAAUUUUAAAUGAGAAGGUUUAAAUUGACUUGAAUUUGGCUGAAAGCGGAGAGACGUGGAAACAGGAAGUCCGUCUUCCGCUGCCAUUGAACUUGGAAAAAAAAGCAACUAAGGUGGAGGAGUGGAGGCUGAAAGAAAGAGAUUUUAAACUCUACACAGCCAAGCAUCUAUGGAACUUACAAUUUAAAGUAAAAUUAGCAAGUUAAAGAUUUGGACCUUUUAUUUGCACUUGACUUUCCCACAUUUAUUGGAUUACAAAUUGGAAGGUGAAACCCAGAGUCAGGACUGCUUGAGCAUUGUAACAGUGGGCUGUCAGUGUUUGACUUGGAUACUGUAUACUGGAAGUUGCAACAAUUUGAGGGCAUUGAGACAUUUUAAAUUUGAAACAUUCUUUUUGGAGACAAAUAAGCACUGUCUGCAACAAAGUGAUUACCUUUAAACUCUGCUUAAUACUUAUAUUGGAAGGUUCUGGGACAUUAAAUCAGACUCUGAAAAGACAUUUUAAGCUCCCUCUAGAGGAUUGGAUUAAAACAGUGACUUUAUAAAAACAUUUACUUUCGAUUCUCUUGUUGUCUGCUUGCUCUGGGACUCUCUAUUCCUGUGGGAAAAACUCAGUGUGACCUUGACUGAUAGAUAACAUUGGAAUGAGUGGUACAAGAAGAAGAGGAAGAGUUAGACAAACAACUCUAACAAAUCUAACCUCAGCCUCGCAGACACGUAGAUCAUCUGUGCCUACUUUGCCCUCAGAAGUACAACUUGAAGAAGCUGCCUUGCCACAGGCAAAAGAGGGAGAGGGUGAAGUAGAGCAGUUACAAUUGGAAGAUAUGGCCUCAGGAGCAUCUGCUUCUGUGCUAGAAAAAUACUUUGAUAAAUUGGAAGCUUUGGACAAGAAAGUAGAUGCGCAAUCAGCAAAGAUUGAUAAAAAUACAGAGUGUCUAAACAAAUUAACUACACAGGUGGGACAGAAUACACAAGCAAUUGGACAGUUGACGGAGGCCUCAGUAGAAAAUCGAAAAUUGGCUGAGGACACCAGACAAAAAUUGGAAAAUUUAGAGCAAGAGGUAAGACCACUCACUAAACAAGUUGGGGAACAUCAGAUUUAUCUUUCUAUGAUAGAACUGCGAAAUCGUGAGAAUAAUCUGAGGAUUAGAUCAUUACAAGAGGCAGAAGAAGGAAAUCUAACUGAGUUUUUGACCAAAGAACUUUCCAAGUUCUGGAAUUUGGAAGAAAAGGACUUUAAAAUUGUGUCAGCUUUCAGACUUGGAAGAUUUAUAAAGAAGGAGAGGCCCAGGGAUUGUUUGAUUACAUUGAGAUCGAAGGAGGAAAGGGAUAAGAUUUUGGGCCUACAUUACGAAAAGUCACUGGAAGUUUUGGAUAGAAGAAUUGAGAUAUAUAAAGAUAUCCCAAGACAACUGUUGGAUCUUAGAGCCGCCUAUUCUGAACUAGCUAAACUAUUAAGGAGCAACGCAAUUCCAUUCAGGUGGGAUUUUCCCCAGGGAUUGUCUUUUACCUUUAGAGCGAGAAAGGUUAAAAUUAGAACAUUGGAAGAGAGAGAUAAAUUUCUGGCUACACACGGAGAGGACCUACAUAAAGGAAUUGAACUACCUUCCGGGCCUGAGGCAAAGCCAGCAUCAAUACCUCCACCUCGGGAACUUGAAGAUCAAGAGAAGACACCACCCCAGGAGAAAUAACCAGAUAGAUCCAGGAUGUCUCUGCAACUGUUGAGCUGGAAUAUUAAUGGUUGCAAUAUCCCGGAGAAAAGGAAGAAAAUUUUUCAUAUAUUAAAAAAAGAACAAUUGGACAUUAUUUGCUUACAAGAAACACAUGUGACGAGGCUCCACAGAAAAGUGUUAACAAAUAAAAGAUUGGGCCAGGAAUUUAUUUCGUCGGAUAAAGUGAAGAAGAGAGGAGUGGUGAUAUAUGCAAAAGAGAGCCUGUCACCUAAAUUUCUAUUUAAAGAUGAACAUGGAAGGAUUUUGGCUAUUGAGAUACAAUAUCAAGGAGAGAAAUUGCUGAUAUUAGGAAUCUAUGCGCCUAAUGAAGGGAAAUCGGAAUUUUACAAGAAGUUGCAGGGGACAAUGCUGGAUCAUCUGGAUUACAACAACAUCAUAAUGAUGGGAGACAUGAACGGGUUCGUGUCAACUAACAUGGACAAGUCGCAAAGUCAAAACAUCACAAAAGAUGGCAGACUACCUAAAACCUUUUUGAAAUGACUGACAAUAUGGACUUGAUCGACAUUUGGAGAACAAAAACCCACUAGGUAGAGAAGGAACAUUCUUUUCUGAAGCCCAACUGACCUGGACAAGAAUCGACCAAAUAUGGAUCUCUAGAGGCCUGGCACCUAGGGUUAGAAAAGUGGAAAUCUGCCCAAAGACCUGUUCUGACCACAACGCAGUAAAGAUGGACAUGACACUACUACCAACUGGAUCCUUUAGAUGGAAGAUGAAUGACAAUUUGUUUAGAGAUCAGGAAAUUACCAAGAAGGCCCAAAAAGUUUUGAAAGAUUAUUUUGAGAUAAAUAUGAACAAUUCGGUGGAAAAAAGAAUCGUCUGGGACGCAAGCAAAGCUGUCAUGAGGGGUUUUCUGAUACAACAGAAUGUAGUAAAGAAAAAAACACAAAAUGAGAAAAAAGACAAGAUUUUGGAUAAAAUAAAAGAUUUGGAGAAGAAAUUAAGAGUGAAUCCAAAGUCACAGCCAACUCUGAGAGAAAUUAAACUUUAUCAAACACAGUAUUCUAAAUUGAUAAAUCAGGAAAUUGAAUGGAAGAUCAAAUUAAUGAAACAAAAACGUUUGAGUCGGCGAAUAAAUGUGGAAAACUGCUAUCUUGGCAGUUGAAGAGAAGACAAAGAUUAAACACGGUUACAAAUUUAGAGGUUGAUGGAAGAAACAUUCAGAAUCCAGUGGACAUUAGAAAGUGUUUCCAGAGAUAUUUUAAAAGUUAUAUACCCAAGGGCCGCAAGACGAAGUUGAGAUUAAACAAUUUUUGGCAAAAAUGGAUUAUCUAAACUGUCACAAGAAAAUAGGACAAUCCUGAACUCUAAAAUAACACGACAGGAGAUUGAACAAGCUAUUCAGAACAUGCAACUUGGCAAAUCUCCAGGGCCAGACGGGCUGACCUCCAAGUAUUACAAGACACUAAAAGACUAUUUGAUACAACCUUUGAUGGAGAUUAGCAAUGAAAUUAUGGAGGGGAAGAGGGCACCGGAUUCGUGGAAGGAAGCGUUUAUCACAUUGAUACCAAAGUUAGAAACUGAAAAGACACAACUGAAGAACUACCGUCCCAUCUCCCUUUUAAAUGUGGAUUACAAAAUAUUUGCAGAUAUUUUGGCAAGUAGAUUUAAAAAGUUUUAAAUGAAGUAAUUCAUAAGGACCAGGCCGGUUUUCUCCCAGGUAGACAUUUGUUUGCUAACACAAGGAACAUUAUUGAUAUUUUGGAACUUCUCCAAACUGACAUAAAUACAAAAGCUGUUUUAAUUUUUAUAGAUGCGGAGAAGGCCUUUGAUAACAUUUCUUGGAAAUUUAUGAUGGGAAAAAAAAAACAGUUUUUCUCUUUAUUCGCUGAGUCACAUUGAAAGCAGAGGAUGAAAGCCAAAGGAUACUAGGGUAUUAGUUAUUUGGAACAGCACCAGAAUGAACAGUCUAUGUUUUGAGUAAGGCACCAUCUGCACUAUGCAUUUAAAGCAGCAUCAUACUGCUUUGAAAAGACAUGGCUUCCCACUCAAAUAGUGUCGUUCGUGAAGGGUCCUGAGAGUUGUCGGGAGGCCGCCAUUCCCCUCUCGGAUCUACAGUUCCCAGAGUUCCCCUGAGAAGAGGGGCUGGCUGUUAAACCGCUCUGGGAAGGGUAACUAUGUGAGCUGGCAGCAGGGGGAGCCUCCUCAUGACUCUCAGCACCCGUAACAAACUAUGUUUCACAGGAUUCUUUGGCGGAAGCCAUGAAUGUUUAAAGUGGUUUGAUACUGCUUUAAAUGUGUAGUGCGGAUGGGGCCUCAUUUAUUUAGCUGGGCUUCACAAUGCAGAUACAGUUGUACCUUGGUUGAUGAACGCCUUGCGACUCGAACAUUUUGGCUUCCGAACGCCGCAAACCCGGAAGUGAGUGUUCUGGUUUUCGAACGUUCUUUGGAACCUGAACCUCUGAUGCGGCUUCCGAUUGGCCGCAGGAGCUUCCUGCAGCCAAUCGAAAGCCGCACCUUGGUUUCCAAACGUUUUGGAAGUCGAACGGACUUCCAGAACGGAUUCCGUUUGACUUCCAAGGUACUGUACAGUCGUACAGUCAUCUGUCAUCUGUCAUCUUACACAGGGGGUUGGUUUCAAGGGUUACGCUUAAAUCGUGCGAGUCAAAUGCACGUAAGUUGAGGGGUUGCUGUACUGGUUCUCUGGCCGCUUCUGUUCUUGGCAGGACAGGUGGUGGUCUAAAUUUCCUGGGAAGCAAGUCCAUCCCCAUGCUGUCAUUGUACAGAGAGUCCUCCAGGAUGGCAUUCUUGAGAGCUUUUAUUGGCCUUGUUAUCGCGCCUUUAUAGUGUUGAAAUCUGGCCAGAUUUUAAAUAGCCUUUUGCCUACACAGAAGAGCCUGGCCUGUACUUGUGAAGUAUUCAUGAGCCAAGAAGUGUUAGGUGUUGCUGAAGGAUGUCUUUUUGGGGCCAAUGGAGCAUCUUGAGGGGAGGAGAAACUAGGACAGUUGAGAGAAGCAGACCCGGCUCGUGGGUGUGGAAAAAAUGUUCUGUUUUACAAGGAGCACUCAAAGGAGGGGUGGCAAAUCUCAGACCUGAAGGUCAAAUGUGGCCCUCCAAGUCUCCCUGUGUGGCCCUUAGGGCUUUCCCAGGCUACACACUCCCUUCUGGCUCCACUUCAUGCCCUCCUGGAAUAUAUUUUCUUGGCUGGAAUGGGUCCUUCAACUCUGACCAUGCCUCUUGUUUGCUUAGAUGGAGGAUCAAGAGGGGUGUGUGAGCAGUGUUCAAAAUUAGUCAGGUGUCAGGCACAUUAUGCACCUGGCUUUUGACCACUUGCAACCAUCUGGAGAUCGUUGGAUCUUGACUGUUUUUACAUGGUAAUGCCACAUCCUGUAGAAUUCUAUCAGCUGUAUUUUACCUGCCUUGCCCCCAAACUGGCAACUGGAUAUUACCGUUUUGGUGACUGUGUUGUUGUUGUUGUUGCUUAGUCGUUUAGUCAUGUCUGACUCUUCGUGACCCCAUAGACCAAAGCACGCCAGGCACUUCUGUCUUCCACUGCCUCCCGCAGUUUGGUCAAACUCAUGCUGGUAGCUUCGACAACACUAUCCAAUCAUCUCGUCCUCUGUUGUCCCCUUCUCCUUGUGCCUCCAUCUUUCCCAACAUCAGGGUCUUUUCCAGGGAGUCUUCUCUUCUCAUGAGGUGGCCAAAGUAUUGGAGCCUCAGCUUCACGAUCUGUCCUUCCAGUGAGCACUCAGGGCUGAUUUCCUUCAGAAUGGAUAGGUUUGAUCUUCUUGCAGUCCAUGGGACUCUCAAGAGUCUCCUCCAGCACCGUAAUUCAAAAGCAUCAAUUCUUUGGCGAUCAGCCUUCUUUAUGGUCCAGCUUUCACUUCCAUACAUCACUACUGGGAAAACCAUAGCUUUUACUAUACGGACCUUUGUUGGCAAGGUGAUGUCUCUACUUUUUAAGAUGCUGCCUAGGUUUGUCAUUGCUUUUUAUGCCUGUUGUCUUUGUCCAUGGAGUUUUCUUGGCAGGGAUACUGGAGUGGCUUGCCGGUUCCUGCUCCAGGUGGAUCACGUUUGGUCAAAACUCUCCACUAUGACCUGUUCAUCUUGGGUGCCCUGCAUGGCAUAGUUCAUAGCUUCUCUGAGUUAUUCAUGCCCCUUCGCCACGGCAAGGCAGUGAUCCAUGAAGGGGUCUGGGGACUGUAGCCUUGGCUUAAAGAGCCAUUUGUCUCCUAGUUUAUAUUUCUUGAGUGUCUAACACUGUGUGAGAGUAUUGUAUGUAGAAACUCGAGUCAAAAUUUGCAUCCAUGGCUCUACCCUCUUUUGUUUCUGGCCCCGCCCACACUGGCAUGUUCCUGCUCUCCCAGAAGGUUAUACCCAGAAGGGAAUGUGGCGCUCAGGAUGGAGGAGGUUUCUGACCCCUACUUGUAAAGCAAGUGUGAGCCCUUAAUGUCAGGGAAGCAGAGCCUGUGGCCCUCCAGGCAUUGCCCUCCACUGGCCAUGCUGACUGGGACUGUUGGGAACUGGAGUCCAACAGCAUCCUAAGAAUUCAGGUUGGGGUUGAUGGUAACUUUUAUAAGCUCAUCAAGGGGUCAACGAACUCAGAAGUUUGGGAAACCCUGACUGGGCAGAAUAUGAGCUGUGUCAGCCAAGUGUCAGUUCCAAUUCUGCUUGUAACUAACAGAAGAAGAGCAGUGACUGGGUAGUGCCGAAAGGGCCCCCCCCCCCAGUCCUGAAGCACCCCCCCAUCUUUGACGUCCAAAGGUUUUGCAGUAUCUCACAGUAUCUGACAGCUGGCUGGGCAGAAUUGAUUGAAAAUAUCCCCUUGGAGAAAGUGAGGGGGUGGGGAGAGGGGGCCCCCCAGGCGCACAGCGAUAACAAAGCUCUUGGUCUAAUGACUGAACUGCUGGCACAUUCUGCCUUUGAAAGCCCCGGCAACCGAUAAAAAAGCAGCGGGGCUGCAGAGAGGCAGGCACGUCAGUAGUCGACUUGCGAAAAUGCUAAAAUCAGUAGACUUGGCAUGUCUGCGAAUACAUGGAUUUUGUCUGGCUCGAGCCGCGGCCUCCUGGCUGCAAGCGAGGCUUGCCUGUUUAAUUUGCACAUGCUUUUCCGUUAAGAUUGGCUCCCAAAGCAGCUUAAAGCCAUUUGAAAUCCAACAGAUGUAAAAAUCCAUUGCAGUGUUGAUGAUGGUGGCGAUGUGAUAACACAGGUGUGAGCAUAGCACUCUCUUUUGACCCCUGAGAGUUGAUGAAGCACUUAUCAGAACGAAGCGCAGUUAGAAACCAGCCCAGGUUUCUUUUCCCUGUCGGAAAGAGAAGCCAAUUUCAUCCUUCCAGCGGGUACAGAAGUGACUCCUUCAUUCCUCAAUUACGUAACAAUCUUAUGCUCUGAAUCUUUCCUUUACUUUCUUUCAAAGCAACAACAACAACAACCCAGCUGUCACUAUAUAACUGGACCCCACCUGAGAGGGUCCAUAAGGAAGGAGGCAGUUUUCGGGGGGGGGGUCCUGAGUCAUUUAAAGAUGCUAUCGCAAGCACCUUGAAUGAGGCCCACAAAUGAACUGAGAGCUGUUUUAAAACGGGGUUGCAUGAGAUCUAAACGGAACCCCUGCCAGUAAUCUGGUUGCUGCUUUUUGAACCAACUGAAGUUUUUGAAGUCACCUUCAAGGGCACCCCAUAAAAAAGUGCAUUGCAAUAAUCCAGUCUGGGAAUUAGCAGAGCAUGGAGUACUGUGGCCAAAUCAUCUCUGUCCAAGAGGGGUCAUAACUGGUUGAAUUCAGGAGCACCCUUAAGCUGUGAACCUGCUCCUUUCAGUGAAACCCCACCCAGGGGUUUUCCCUGCCUGGGGUUAUCCCUGCCUGUGGCCUGCACAUGUGCAGUAGAAUGAUAGUAGUAGACCAAGUUGGCAAGAAUUGACUGUAGCACUUCAACCAGUGGGUGGGGGGGGGUGUCUUUUUUUUUUAACGCUCCCAUUUACUUUUUUAAAAAAGAAACCUUUGCACAAACAAAAAACCAGCACAUCAGGGAGAUGUUUUGCCCUAGUCUUCUUUCUUGCACUGAGUUUUUAAAAUUAAAACAACAAACAUAGGGGAACACUGAAGAUUAUAACGCACACAGUAGAGUAGACCUAGAUGGAACCUAAACUCCAUGUUCCAGACCCUUCCUCUGUAGCGUGGCAAGCCUGCCAUGUGGAAGUCCCUGCCAGUAGAGGUUUAACAGGAAUUAUCCCUGCCUGUUGCUGGACCUCUUCUGAAAACUGUAUUCAAACAGACCUUUGAAAUGAGGGUUUCAUUAUUGCCAACCAAUCUUUAUUGAUUGAUGCUUUUGUUGAUUUUAUUGCAUUGUUGCUGUUUAUCAUGUUGCAUUCCACACGGCUGUAUUUUUAUGAGGCUACAGGCUAUAAUUAGUUUAUUGGUUGGUUGAUUAAAGGUAGCAGGAAUAAGGACUGACAGGUGGGCUGAUGAUCAUGGCUUAAUAUCGGCAUCUGUUGGUAUUAGAAGCUAAGAUACUACUUUAUUAAUAAAUAAUAAAAUGUGCAAUAAUAAAAAUAAUAAAAUGUGGAAAAUUGGAUUGGAUUUGAUAUAUGUUAAUUAGAUGUUCUUAUUGGAAAAUUAAUAAAUGCUUUAAAAAAUAAUAAUAAUAAAAUGUGGAAAAUAAAUGCCAUUGAUAUAAGAACGGGAUAUCCCUGGUUGGCGCAUCAGUAAGGUACAUGUGCUUGUCUUGAUUCAUACCUAAAGAUUCAGAUGUCAUUGCUUGAGCAUGACUGUAUAAGUGAGAAAUAGCUAGGAUAUCAAUAGUUAGAGGUUUAGAAAGAUGGUAUACAAGAACAUAAGAAAAGCAGGCUCAAGCCAAAGGCCCAUGUAGUCCAGCGUUCUGUUCUCACAGUAGCCAACCUGACGCCUACAGGAAGCCUGUAGACAGGUCUUGAGUGCAGCAGCGCUCUCCUCACCUGUGAUUUCCAGCGAGUGGCAUUCAGUGGAGGUAGGACAUAGACACCAUCGCUAGGAGCCACUGGGUGGGGUUGUACUGAAAGGAGCAGGUUCACAGCUUAGGGGUGCUCCUGAAUUCAACCAGUUAUGACCCCUCUUGGACAGAGAUGAUUUGACCACAGUACUCCAUGCUCUGCUAAUUCCCAGACUGGAUUAUUGCAAUGCACUUUUUCUAUGGGGUGCCCUUGAAGGUGACUUCAAAAACUUCAGUUGGUUCAAAAAGCAGCAACCAGAUUACUGGCUGAGGUUCCGUUUAGAUCCCAUGCAACCCCAUUUUAAAACCGCUCUCAGUUCAUUUGUGGGCCUCAUUCAAGGUGCUUGUUACAGCACCUUUAAAGUCCUAAAUGACUCGGGACCCCCUGUCAGGGAACUGACAUCGGAGCUAGAGGCGGAGGGAAGGCUCUCAAAUGAUGCUGGAGAAGGGCCCAGCAGGGAGAGAGGCAGCUCAGCAGAUGGGGAAGCAAUUCAGCGCAACACCAGGAAUAAAGAGGGGCAGAUGGGGGAAUCGGCGAGAGGGCUCCCAGACUCUUCACCGGACACCAGCGGGGAGAGCACGGGUCCUCCGCUACCCACGCCCUCCCUGCGCAGAAGACUUCCGUGCAGAGAGAGUAGGAGGAGACUGGGUGUCAAACAACUUUUAUGUUGGAAAAGGGGUAAGAAACGCCCACUGACGGAUUCUGCUAGCGACUGAGGCAGCCACGAAGUGAAGGGCUGUCCAGACUGAAAGGUUUAACAAGGCAACAAAGCCAGGAGAGGCGGCAACUUACGCACGAGCAACCCAUACUCUUUACACCCCCCUACCAAAACUGCCUCCUUCCUUAUGGACCCUCUCAGGUGGGGUCCAAUUAUAUAGUGACAGCUGGGUUGUUGUUGUUGUUGUUGUUGCUUUGAAAGAAAGUAAAGGAAAGAUUCAGAGCAUAAGAUUGUUACGUAAUUGAGGAAUGAAGGUGUCACUUCUGUACCUGCUGGAAGGAUGAAAUUGACUUCUCUUUCCGACAGGGAAAAGAAACCUGGGCUGGUUUCUAACCGCGCUUCGUUCUGAUAAGGUUGCUAAGAAACCACUUGCUUGCCGGAGCAUUGUCUGCCUUGCGCGAUGCACGCAGUGGCCAUGGGAACGCACUGAUAGCUUUUUACAGGAGGAAGGGGGGAAAUUGCAGGGAAGUGGUUGUCCUCAUUUACCAAGCUGCAGCCCACAAAAUAGUUCCAAAGUAAAGAAGCAAUUUGUCUCUUAUCAACCUCUGGUAGGUUUUGUUAUUGGUUUCUAGAAUGCUGAAGUGGGACUUUGUAUUCUCACAGGCACUUCGGCUUCCAGCUAAUUUCAUUCCUCCCCUCCUUGCCUUUUAAGAGAGUCAUCGCAAAAUGUGUUUAUUGCCCCAACUGUGUUGCUCCUUUUUUAAAAAAAAAAUCACAGGCUGUGCACCAGCUAUUGCUAAAAGCUGCUUAUUUUCUUUUUGAUUCACAGACAAAAAUGAACAUACUUGCUUAAUCUGCCCUUUCAACUAUGCCAUCAUUCACCACUUAAAAACAGAGUCAUCCAGUUAGACAGUUAGUUGUGCUCGUAAGAAUGCACAAAGAAUCCCCCGCUGGAUCAGACCAGAGGCCUGUUGGAUCCAGAGAUGCGUUUUCCUCUGUAGCCAGUUGGAUGCCUCCAGGAAGCCCAAUUGCCCAUCUUCUGCUGUUGUUCCCCAGUGACUUGUAUUCAGAGACAUGGCAACUCUGAUCCUGGAGGAAAUAAUAUAGCCAUAAAGACUAGCAGCCAUUGAUAUCCUCUAUGAAUUUCUGUAAUUUUUAACAGCCACCCAAGUGGGUGGCCAUCACUAGAUCUUGUGGUAGAGAAUUACAUAGUUGUGUGCUGGUACUUUGUCUGCGUUGAAUCUACUGCCAUACAAAUAUUUGAAAGAUUGCCUCUUUUCCUACAGGUCUGUUGAAUUUAGCAAGAUCAGAGGCACUAUGCCUCUGAAUUCUAUUGCUAUGGAAGAUCAGGAAGUAGGGUCCUAUUGCACUCAACGUCCUGCUUAGAGGAUUCCCUGAGGCAUCUAGUAGAGACUACUUGGAGAACAGAUUACUGUACUAGAUGGGCCUUUGGUCUGAUCCAGCAGGACUUGUCUUGGUUCUUAAAGUUCCAGGAGGGGAAAGUUCAUGAUUUCAUCUGAAUUACAGUUUGCCUAGGUUUAGUACAACUUCGUCCGAAAAGAAAUUGCUGUUGAAAUGGUAAAAUAGAAAGCUGGCAGGAGGGAAUAAAGAACAGAGACAUGUUAGCGCUAGUUUGAUGGGAAAUAGUCUACAAUAUUGUUGGGGGGGGGGGAGGAAUACGUUGAGACCUGCGUAGAAAUAUUGUUUUGCUUGGUAAAUCAGACCGGAACAAUUCCAGCCAGGUAAUGCGUCAUUGUGUGUGUGAUACAAUGGGCGUUAAAAAGAAGAAUGGAAACACAUAAUCAUUGUUUUGACUGUGUGAAAGACAUUCUUUAAUUACAAUUGCCUAAUGCUUUUUAUAUUAUUUUCCAGACUCCUAAAACCUGUGAAAACUUCAUUAAACUGUGCAAGAAAAAUUACUACGACGGGACUAUUUUUCACAGAUCAAUUCGUAAUUUUGUGGUGAGUAUUGGGAGUGGGGGAGAAAGCUUUUUUAUCUCCAGUGUUUUAUGACCAGAGCAGAGAACUAUAGUUAUGUCAAGAGGUAUUAAUUUUCACUCUUUGUGGGGGUUUUGUGUGUGUGUUGUGUUUUUUUCAAAUCUCCUUCUGGACUAGAAUUUGCCACAGACAAAAAAAUAAGGCUGAUGUUAAUAGAAAGAGAAUAUUCCUUGAGAACAAGAUCACUUUUCUGGAGUAAGAGCAACAUCUGAUUGCCUAGCAACCUGCGUUGAAUAAGUCAGGCUGUCAUCAGCCGUUUCCAAGCACUCAGAAAGGAAGAAUGUUGUCAUCGCUCAGUUUUCAUUCAGACUCAAUGGCUUGUGACAUUUGAAACUUGGGUUCACUGGGCGAUAUGAAAGGCCAGACUCUGAACUGCAUUACUCUAAGGGACUUGGUGCGAAGAGUGCCAGACCAGGACCCCAAAGACCAGGUUUCAAAUCUCCACUUGCUGGGCUCACCUUGGGCCAGUCUCUAUCUCUCAGCCUAACCUACCUCACAGGGUUUCUGCGAGGAUGAAAUGGAGAAGGGGAGAGCAAUGUCUGCCACCUUGAGCUCCUAGGAGGAAUGGAGGGAUAUAGAUGUAGCAAUAAUUACCUUUUAGCACAUGAAAUUGCCAGUGCAUAUACAUCAGUUCCACACAACCCACACAUUGUCCGUUGGUUCUGUUGUGGGGAUAACUAGAGCAAAGACAAGAGAGGAAGCAAGGGUCCCAUUCCCUUGCUGCCAUUAUUAUUAUUAUUAUUAUUAUUAAUACCCUGCCCAUCUGGCUGGGCUUCUCCAGCCACUCUGGGCGGCUCCCAACAGAAAACAGUCAAACCUCGGUUUUUGAUCGUCUCCAUUGCCGAACAUUUCAGCUCCAGAACAUCAAAAACCCGGAAGUAAGUGUUCUGGUUUUUGAACGUUUUUCGGAAGCCAAAUGUCCAACGCAGCAGACAAGUGGCUUUUGAUUGGCUCUUCCUAUUUGCAAGAGCCAAUCAGAAGCCGUGCCUUGGAAAACAGACAUUUCAGAGGUUGAAUGUCCUUCCAGAACAGAUUACAUUUGACUUCCGAGGUACCACUGUAUUAAAAACAUGAUAAAACAUCAGACAUUAAAAACUCCCCUAAACAGGACUGCCUUCGGAUGUCUUCUAAAAGUCAGCUGCAUUAGAACAUAAGAAGAACCUGCUAGAUCAGGUCAGUGGCCCACCUAGCUCAGGAUCCUGUUCUCAUGGUGGCCAACCAAUGACAGAGCUGAAUACAGGGUACCCCCAGACCGCACACUUGAUCCUUCCAAGGGAGUACCACCCUAUCCACAACAAGUUAUCUAGCUCCUUGACUCGGGGUCUGCCCAUCCACAGCAGCUCUGCCUCCUUGGCAUCCAAUUAUUCCAUCUGCAUCCUUUCUCCCCACCUCUUCCCACCCUAAACCUUCUAUAUCUUUUGAUUCCACAGAUCCAAGGAGGAGAUCCAACGGGAACAGGAACAGGUAAGCAAAAUGGGUCGAUUCCUUACCUGCAGUUGGGUCGCUCAUGAUUUGAAAUGAAUCCCAUCUUUUAAAGCUGGAAACCCCUUCAGCCGGUGGUUGCAACAGGCUGCCUGCUUAUCCCUUCUGUUUACAGUCAACACUUCAGGGUGCAACAACCUUAAUUCAGUCUCGGCGUACUGUUUAUAUUUUUAUGCCCACCAUUUAUGAAAGGGGAGGGGAUAGACUAUUUUAGGUAAAGCAAAUUGGCAGGAUAAGUGUGCUUGGUGAAUUUUUCGGUUAUUGGAACGGAAGCAUUAAGCUUAACGGGACUAAUUGGAAUUCCUUGAUGGCCCUUUGCUUUAUUGACAACCCAAGUGGUUACAUUAUAGAAUGUUAAAGCUUGUUUCCUCUAGGAUUUUAGGAAAUGGAAAUGUGAUUUGUUUUCAGGUUCAUUGUAAUGAUUCACAUGCCUUGAAUUAAUUGUUGAACGAAAUACCGAGAUACAUCAUUGGUCUUUCUAGCUCAGCACCGCCAACACUGACUGGCAGCAGCUCUCUGAGCCACAGACCUCACCCAAACUGCAGUUCUUAAAUUGUUUGCUGUGCAUUAGCUGCAUUGACUCGCCCCAAACCCACUCCAGAGUAGGUCAUUUUGAGAACUGCAGAAUGGGGGCAGAGAGAGAUGCUUUGACUUCAAGCAAGGCCUUCGUUAUGUUCAGAAUGAAAGAGAUGUUUGUGGAAUUGCUCCUGGCUCAAGAAUGGCCGGUUCCAUCCAAGUUAAAUCUUGCUAUUAGUCCCUCGAUCGCGUCGUGAAGUUAAGAACAAAAGUUUUCUUGUUCCUCAUAUACUCCCCCCGCAUCUUCCUGCCCACUCCCCAGAUCUGCCCUUGCUUUCUUUGCUGGUGUGGACACCUUGAAAGGCGGUCAAGAACAGCAUAGACAAAGGCAGAUGCCCCAUGAAUGAAGUGGGGAACCAGCUCCAGCUGGUACGCAGGCUAAGACCCUACCUGCCCGCGGACUGCCUCGCCAGAGUGGUGCAUGCUCUAGUUAUCUCCCACUUGGACUACUGCAACGCGCUCUAUGUGGGGCUACAUUUGAAGGUGACCCAGAAACUGCAAUUAAUCCAGAAUGCAGCAGCUAGACUGGUGACUGGGAGUGGCCGCCGGGACCACAUAACACCGGUCCUGAGAGAUCUGCAAGUGUUGGUGCUGACCUUUAAAGCCCUAAACGGCCUCAGUCCAGUAUACCUGAAGGAGCGUCUCCACCCGCAUCGUUCAGCCUGGACACUGAGAUCCAGCGCCGAGGGCCUUCUGGCGGUUCCCUCAUUGCGAGAAGUGAGGUUACAGGGAACCAGACAGAGGGCCUUCUCGGUAGUGACGCCCACCCUGUGGAACACCCUCCCUUCAGAUGUGAAGGAAAUAAGCAGCUAUCCUAUCUUUAAAACACAUCUGAAGACGCCCUGUUCAGGGAAAUUUUUAAUAUUUUCGAGGGAGGGUGGGUGAAGAGGAAAAGGGGCGUUCUCGGGCCGCGCCAUCCUUAAAUGACCCAGCUAGCUCCGCCCCUGCAGCCAGCCAAUUGGCUGGCCCAGGGUGUGAUGCGGCCCGAGGAUUCCCCUGAUCGCGCGGGGCUGCAGCCAGCCCCACGCGGAUGCUAGUGGGCGUGAGCCAACGCUGUACUGUUUUUAACACUUGAUUGGGAGCCGCCCAGAGUGGCUGGGGAAACUCAGCCAGAUGGGCGGGGUAUAAAUAAUAAAUUAUUAUUAUUAUAUUCUCAAGGGCACUCUCCUGAACCCAGCUGACCCGUCCUAUCUCUUAGAAUCAGUGACUCAGGACGCAUCCGAGCAAGAGCCAUCAAAUAUCUGUCUCGUUAGACUUGCUAGAUGCUUUGUAUGCUUUCAGGUCGCCCACGGUUCUUUUGCAGAUAGCAGAUCAGAGAACUAUAGGGUUGGAAGGGACCCCCAAGGGCCAUCUAGUCCAACCCAAACAUUUGCAGGGCAGGUAAUAAAGCAAGCUGAAGACUUAUCUGAUUAGUUCACUGGCUUGGGGGUCCUGGGGGCAAAAUUCAGCCUCCUCACUCACCUCUUUGGACCAGGUGCUUUCUGACAUGUCUUUUAAAGCCCAUCAUGUGGUCAAGCGCUCAGUCCUUUUUCCCCCAAAGGGUCGCGGUCCAGUCGGAGUCUGCUGGCUGAAGUGUCUUCUAGGGAUUCAGAUGCAGGCUCUGGUGCCAACAGAUCCACGUGGGAAGGAGCGGGUAGUAGAUCAGUCUUCAGCCUGAGGCUACUUUUAGAGUAAAAGGUAAAGGUAAAGAGACCCCUGACCAUUAGGUCCAGUCAAGGAUGACUCUGGGGUUGCGGCGCUCAUUACCGCUUUAUUGGCCGAGGGAGCCAGCGUACAGCUUCCGGGUCAUGUGACCAGCAUGACUAAGCCGCUUCUGGCGAACCAGAGCAGCGCAUGGAAACGGUGUUUACCUUCCCGCCGGAGUGGUACCUAUUUAUCUACUUGCACUUUGAUGUGCUUUCAAAUUGCUAGGUUGGCAGGAGCUGGGACUGAACAACGGGAGCUCACCCGUUUGAACCGCCAACCUUCUGAUCGGCAAGCCCUAGGCUCUGUGGUUUAACCCACAGCGCGUCCCUUACUUUUGGAGUAGCACACUGCAUAUGAGGCUGGAUAGCUCAGUCGGUAGAGCAUGAGACUCUUAAUCCCAGGCUCAUGGGUUCGAGCCCCAUGUUGGAUGAAAGUUUCCUGUAUUGCAGGGGUUGGACUGGAUGACUCUUGUGGCCCCUUCCAGCUGUACACGUCUGUGAUUCUGUUAUUCCUGGGCCUCAUUCACACUGCACACACAAAGCACUGCAGCACCACUUUGAACAGUUGUGGCUUCGUAGUUCUCUGUGAAAACGGGUUGAAUUUUAAACCACUAUGGGAAUUGUACCUCUGGUACAGCAACCUUAACCAAUUAUAGCCCCCAGAAUUCUCUGGGGGAAGCCAUGACUUUUUGAAGUGGUGUCAUAGUGCUUUGAAUGUUUGGCCCCCGGUUUGGGGCCGUGACACAAGUACCGUCUGAGGGGGGAAACUGUAAAUCCUCGUAGUAGGAAUUGCAGGGAACCGAACUGCAAGUGCCAAUAAAACGCCCAGAAGGGACUUUACUUGAUUCAUUCUUCUUCUUUUGUUUAAAAAGAAGAAGAUAAGUUAUCUCCACACUGAGGGCAACGUUUCCAUCUUGUUUCCAUCUCUGCUCGCUUCCCUUGAAUUCGACUUGAGUACGCCUGCUGGCUCAGCGGGCCUCAGUUCCCUCCCUCGGAGCUUGUAGCAAAGCCGCCGCUUAAGCGAUUCUGGAAAGGAGCUCUUCCCAGCAGCCACCAUCAUUCAGAGUGAAUUAGGGGGAGUCACUCUUAUUGCAUGCUUCAGAGCCGUGUGGCUAAAUCACAGACACAAAGAGAGCAAACUCUCUCUUGACCUGUGCAGGGAAGGCUGCUCUGCGCUGCCACGGAUCCUGUACCUGUGAUUGCGCACAGAUUACCAGCGUACCUAGCCGCCCCGCCCCCCGCUACAAUAUCCCUGAGGGAUCGGGUUUCAGUUAUUGCUGCGGUUAUCAGAUGGCAGAAGCAGAGACCAAGAGACUUGUGGAAAGUGUGGGAAAUUAGACUGUAGUUCCCAUUUGCAGAGUAUGCGGAAGACAGCCCUGGGUCGUUUGACCCUUUCGUUCUCUCCCUGCCCCCCCCCCCUUUAAAAACUAUGCAAGACACUCUCUUUUACAGUUUAAAGAACUUAUAACUUUAAUUGAGUGUGCUUUCAGUUGCAGAUUAAAUAUAUACAGUGGAACCUCGUGUUACGUACCGUCCUCCUUGCGAACGCUGAGGGUUACGAGCUCCGCUAACCUGGAAGUAGAUGCCCCUUGUAGCGAACUUUGCCCUGGGAUGCAAGCGGAAGUCGCGAGGCAGCAGUGGGAGGCACCAUUAGCGAAAGCGCGCUUCAUGUUACGAGCGGUUUCGGGUUACAAACGGACCUCCGGAACAGAGCCCCGUUCUCAUCCUGAAGUGAACGUAACAUGCAACUGUGCGUCUGUGCGUGUGUGGGUCAUGUUUCAUUGCUUCCGCGCAUGCACGUGACGUCAUUUUGAGCGUCUGCGCAUGCGCGAGCAGCGAAACCCGGACGUAAUGUGCUCUGUUACUUCCGGAUCACUGCGGAGCGCAACCCGGAAAUAUUUAAGCUGAAGCGUAUUCAUCCCGAGGUAUGACUGUAUAAGGAGUACCGUAUUUUUCGCCCUAUAGGAUGCACUUUUUCCCCUCCAAAAAUGAAGGGGAAAUGUGUGUGCGUCCUAUGGGGCGAAUGCAGGCUUUUGCUGAAGCCUGGAGAGCGAGAGGGGUUGGUGUGCACCGACCCCUCUCACUCUCCAGGCUUCAGGAAGCUAUCCACAAGCCUUGGGAACCCGGCGGGAGUUCCCGCCGGGCUCCCAAGGCUUGCGGAUAGCAACCUGUUCUGGGGGCUGGGGUCAAGGGAAGCUCGGUCUUCCCCCACCCCAGCCCCGUGCCUGGGGGGAAAUAAUUUUUUUUUCUUUAUUUCCCCCCCAAAAAAACUAGGUGCACCCUAUGGGCCGGUGCGCCCUAUAGGGCGAAAAAUACGGUAAAUCUCUACACAAAUCCAGACUGGAGUCCCUAAAAUGGUUGGAUGGCAUCUUGUCUGCAUCCUUCCGGCAACAUCUGCAGCCAAGCUGGUGCCAAAUGUAUUUCUCUGCUUUCCUUUGGGCCACAUCAGCGAGGCUGAGAGUGGGCUCUUUUUGUCUGGGCAGCCCAAGACCUCCAUACACACCGCCCAGGCUUGCGUCCCAGGGAAAUCACUUAGCAGUUUGACUUCAACACCCCCCCCCGGCACACAACAUUGUCUCUCAGGACAGAUGGAGGCCAACAAUACGUUUGGGGAGGUUGUGUUAAAGCAGAUGUUAUGCAUUCUAAGCCUUUGGAGUGCGGUACAUGGAAUAUUUAAAAUUAACAACCAAGAGUAUUAAAGAACUGGAGUGGUUACAUUGCCAAUUGUGGAAUAAGUGGCAUUCUGGCUCAAUAUACUGUUUUUGGUUCUCUUAACGGUAUGUACCGUAUUUUUCGCUCUAUAACACACACUCGACCAUAACACGCACAUAGUUUUUAGAGGAGGAAAAUCCGUAGGCAUGCCACCCAUAGGCAUUCCCUCCAUAACACGCACGGAUAUUUCCCCUUACUUUUUAGGAGGAAAAAAGUGAGUGUUAUUGUGCAAAAAAUACGGUAGCUAUUUAAGAUUCCAUUUACUCUAUGCAGCUGUUUAAGAGGGAACCUUCAGAUGCGUGCUUAGAAGAAGCAAUCAGAAUGUUACCUUCCUCUUAAUCUAAUUCACUAUUUCAGUCCUGAGGCAAGCCUGAUUUACAUUGCAGCCAGACUAGAAAUAUUCCUUUAUCUUAACGAGUCAUGUGGCAUUUGAAAUUCCUUGUGGUAAUCGGUCUUAAGGAUUUGCUGUAAUGUGCGCUGUGCUGCUCCCUGUUUCACAGAGAGGGAGAGAGAUAAAAGCUCAGAGACUUCCAUUUCCAGAAACUAGGGAGGAUUUGCCCCAAGGCUCCCUCUGCAUUGUAUUAAAUGGGUUUAACUGCCAUGCCAAUCCACAAGCAAGACUGGGAAGUGCCACUGUGUGGCGACCAGGCGAUCUCAGGUGCCCGCUUAGGCAUCGCACCGAAGCAGAGGACGUGUGCCAUUGAGAAAGAGGGCACAAUCUUGUAUGAAUUUGUGUUUUUUUUAAUAAUGAUGAUGAUGCAUUUGCUAAUUUGUAAGUAUAGAUUAAAAUUCAGAAAAUGUGUCUAGAAUUUAAAUUCCACAAAACACAAGCCAAUAGACUCCCCAUCCAAAUACCUCCCAAAUAAAUUAUUUCGUACCCAAAUCAACACAGGAAACUACCUUGUACUGAGUCAAACCAUCAGUUCAUCUAGUUCCAUAUUGUAGGCCAUGGGUAGGCAAACUAAGGCCCAGGGGCCGGAUCCGGCCCAAUCACCUUCUGAAUUUGGCCCACGGACAGUCCGAGAAUCAGCGUGUUUUUACAUGAGUAUAAUGUGUGCUUUUAUUUAAAAUGCAUCUCUGGGUUAUUUGUGGGGCAUAGGAAUUCGUUCUCCCCCCAAAUAGAUAGAUAGAUAGAUAGAUAGAUAGAUAGAUAGAUAGAUAGAUAGAUAGUCUGGCCCCUCACAAGGUCUGAGGGACAGUGGACCAACACCCUGCUGAAAAAGUUUGCUUACCUCUGUUGUAGGCACUGGCUGACUGUGGUUUGGCAGGCUAUUGGGCAGGGGACAUUCCUGCUUAGAGAUGCUCUACCUCUAAGUUAUGGUUCUUCUCCAGGGCAGUUCCUAUUCACACACAUCACCCUUCAAAUCAACUCCCAACUCACUUCAUUAUCCCCAUUAGCCAUCACCACCUCUCAUAUUUUUAAUUCUUAAUUAACUGGGUACACAAAGGCAGUGGGUUGGGUAUUCUACCAUGGGCUGAGGUAGCCAGCAGCUGGUUUUGUCUCCUUCCUUAUUCUGCAGCCCGCUUUCCAAGGGGUGAACAUGAAACCCUUGCUCUUUGUGAUUGUUGUUGUUUUCGUCCAAAUAAAGGUGGCGGUGGUGGCCUAAAGUGGAUUUUUGAUUUCCACCCCCCCAUCCCCUAUAGGCCAACACAAUGACUGUACCUAGGAUUUUUAGUUUUUACUAGCAUCCCAUCUUUCACCAGCUAAGGACAGUCUCAAAAUGGCAUCACAGGGGAUCAGAAUUACACGCUGCACCCCAAGCACCAUAUUCCGGGGUGAGCUGUGUAUACAGGAACAAAUGCACACCUGAGCUUGCAGUUCUUGCACCAAACACUAAAAAUGCACCAAGAGAUCGUCAAAAGCAUUCAGUGAGUAGUCCCAUUUUACAGGUGAGGUGCACUGAGGCGGAGAUAGAAUAAAUUAACUCAAGGCUAGCGCAGACCCUUCUGCAGCAGAGGCUUCUUUUUUCACAGAACUAGUUUAGUGGCAGCAUUCAUAAGGUUGAAACCCUUCAUUAACAUCUGGGGGACGUCCAAGCCCCCUUGGGAUUCCCAUUUGGGGGACCCCCCCCUUUCUGCAAAGAAAAAACAUGCAGCUGGAACCAGUGGCGGAGCUUCAUGCUCCGGCACUGGGGGGGGGGGCGGAAAGGAGGCUGGGGCUGGCGCACAUCCUGUGGGCAUAGCACGCUGCCUGUGGGAGUGUGGCGGGUGGGGGGACAGUCACAAUGGCACCCCACCGGGUUCGCAUUGCCGGUGCGCUCCCCCCCCACUCCUCCUCCUCUGCCAGUGGCUGGAACACUUGGGAGGCCAAUUUGUAGGAGAAAAACAGAUAACGGGGAGAGGGUUAAGCACCUCAUCUUUUGCUGUUUUUCAGCUCAAAAGCCACCCCAGCCCCAUUGAAGCCACCUUUCCUUUAACAAAGAGGCCGUCUGGGGAAUUGUUACAAACACCUACAGUGUAGGUUAACCCCAAUGUCACAAGGGAGAACGAAAGCAAGCUGUCAGUUGGUUGAACAAGAAGCCCUCCCACUUCAUUGCCCAAUCCCCUUCCUUCACAUCCGCCCCCCUUCCACCCAACUAAGUAAAGUGGCAAUUCAUUUUGAAAUUGCCAUGCAUGAUGCGCUUCCCACCUACACCUUUUGUUUGGAAUAUCGCAGGUUUUGUUAUUUUAACAGGCCCCCCUCGUUUAAAACGGCACCUGUGUGUGGCAAGCAUCAAGCUCGCAAGGGAGAGCACAUCUUUUCCGUGGCAACAGAGCUGAGUUGCUAUGGUUUUGAGAAGCAGUCUGGAGAAUGCAUGGCCCGCUUCAGUAUCUCUGGGGAGGAAGCAUUGCAAACGCCUGUCUCUUCUCCCCCACCCCAGUACUCCCACCCUGCGCACACACAAACACAUCAUUUAUUUUUGUGUUACUCGCCUGCUCCUUCUAUUUAAAAGUCACUAUUUUAGGUUACCUAAAAAACUGGUAUCUCAUCUCUUAUGUGGCCAGCCAGUCACUGUGCUCUGUAAGAGAAGGCCAUUUCUAGCCCAGAAUAGCCAGGCUACUGCCCUCCAGGCACUGGAGGUCUUCUCCCAGUUAGAUUGCUGCAGUGUGCUUUAUGUGGGGCUGCCCUUGAGGUUGGCCUGGAAGCAGCAGCCAGUGCAGAAAGCAGCAGCUCGUCUGCUCGGUAUGGCUACAGUGCUAGACUGCUGCCGGAAGAAUUGCCCUGGCUAUCAGCUCGCUAACUGGAAAAGUUGAAAGGGUUGGUCCUGUUGCAUAACGCCACCUAUCCACCUUGUGAGCGGGAUACCAGAAAAGAUACCUCACCCCUUAUACCAGCGGUUCUCAACCUGUUUUGUAAGACGGGUGGCUGUCCCGAGCACACCCAGCCCAACGAGGAAAAGCCUUUUGUAAGUGUAUUUCUUUACAGUGGUACCUCGGGUUACAUACGCUUCAGGUUACAUACACUUCAGGUUACAGACUCUGCUAACCCAGAAAUAGUGCUUCAGGUUAAGAACUUUGCUUCAGGAUGAGAACAGAAAUCGUGCAGUGGCGGCGCGGCAGCAGCCGGAGGCCCCAUUAGCUAAAGUGGUGCUUCAGGUUAAGAACAGUUUCAGGUUAAGAAUGGACCUCCAGAAUGAAUUAAGUACUUAACCUGAGGUACCGCUGUAUUGGCAAAGCACCAGCUGCCUAGGUGAUCUACUUGUGCAGUCCCACACUCCAAUCCAGACAUUUGAUUCCCCCCCCCAAAACAAUUUUUUUUAUUCAUUUUAUCACACAACUAAACAACACAAAUAGAAAAGCAAACAAUACAAACAAAUUCUUGUCUUAUCCUUAUUUUUUCUAAACAUUGUUAGGUGGGCUUCUCCAAGUCCCCCCAUCUGAUUUUCAUUUUACCUCAUCUUUAGCAGUUUACAUAUAUCAUAAUUUUUAACCAUUUUUAAAAUCACGCUUACUUUUACCAUUAAAAAUCUUCACAUUUUAUCACUUACAAAUGAUACUAUUUUAAAAUACACUAUCUUCUACUUCUAAAAGUAUAUCCACUUCCAAAGCUAUUCUAAGAUUUAAAUAUUAACAUAUUUUUUCAAAUAUUCUUUAAACGUCUUCCAAUCUUCUUCCACCGUCUCUUCUCUCUGGUCUUGGACCAGUCUUCUCUCUGGUCUUCAAUCCAGACAGUUGAACCAACAGCGCGACUAGGCCCCUUUCAGCUAACCAAAAACCCCUUGUCUGAGGCGGUCUGCGCAAACUCUCAGCGAUUCCAACUAGUCCUGCACUUCAAGCCCCACCUUGUGUGUAGAGACCGCGGAGGGGAGGACAGGAGACAUUCUGAAGGCAUCACUCUCCCAGGGACCAUGGCAGCCUCUUCCGCCACUGAGAUUCCCUGCAACUCUUCUCCCGCCUCCUUUCUGUCCCGCCUGUCUCAGGCUGCCUGGUCUCUUCCCCUUGGGUCCCCACUUCCACUGCCCCACAACACCUGCCUCAUGGGUGGCACAGAACCCCACAAAUCGUGGGCCCCUUCCCCAUGAUUGUCCUUGUGCUCCCCUGCCCGCACAUCCUCUCCCCUGCCUGCAUGUUCCCCGACCACUUUGGACUCCUGUCCAUCCCAGACAUCGGUGCCAUUCUGAUAACAUAUGGAUCGGCCAGAGCCGGCUCAGUCAUUAGGUAAGGUGAAGCUGCCGCUUCAGGCAGAAGAAGUCUCAUAGGUGGCACACCCACAGGUGUGUCCCCCCCACCUCUUCCAGUGGCAAGAGAAAUGCCGGCAAUUUUGGGCAAGAUUCAGUCCAUUUUGGAUGUGGCAAAGCAGGACAUACCACCCGUGGGAUAGGUUUCUUGGAGGGUAAGCUCAUUUUUUUAUGCAUACAAGUGGGAGAAGUGACCCAAUGCUGGAGCACUGAGUGCUUUGGGCUCAAUGUCCCAUCUAGCUGUGCCUUCUUCCAGGACACUCCAUUCCUCCUCCCACCAGUUCAAACUAAGUGUCGGCAGUCCAUGGCCAGUGAGGAUGUUCAGUAGUCAGUGAGCAGUUUGUGUGCUUUCUACCGAUUAUAAAUGAGAACUUCUGCAAACCUUCCCCAUUCCUGCAAAUGCCUCUCUCUUGUUUGUGGCUACAUAAAGCAGAACGGGCUAGUCUGCCACCCUCCACUGCUGGACCAAAUCUCAGCAGCUCUGCACAACCAGUUGUCUGGGAUGAUCGGAGCUGCAGUCCCACGACAUCCAGAGAGCCACAGGGUAGCUAGUUCUAAAACAAAAGACAGGCCCCUGGGAGAAUGAGCUUGCUAUCUGCCUUGUUGGAUUCCACUGGGAUCACGGAAGCUUCUGCUCAAAAGGUGGCCAUUAUCCAUCUCCCAGAACCCUCAUGUGGCAUAUGUAGCUGCCCCCAAAAUCUCCAACCUCCCUCCGAUUCAUGUGGGACUUGCAAUGUUGCAGCAAUUGAGCCCUCUAAGGAGCUGGUCCCCACCUUGAGCAGAGACAAAAGGGAACCUCAGGUUGAGUGCAUGCAGCUCAUCUGCUCUGGGCUCCUCACUUUCACGUUAUUUAUGACAGAUGUGACAUUUUCAUUUUCCUCCAGGACUAUUCCUAAUCAGGAGAGAACAUUCUGAGAUGAGUCACUCCCAGAGUUAUACAGUCGAUUUCUCUCCCCCCUCCCCACACUUUGCAUCAUUACCAGAAACAAAACACCAGAAAACGCAUCUGCAACAAGCCGAGAAGAAGGUGGCUUGGCUUGCAGAACAACCUUAAUGAUCCUCUGGAGGAAUCGCAUCACUGGCAGAACAGCCGCUUCCCAAAGCCUCUGCUGUACUCGGGAGGCUUUCGGAACACGUAGGCUGCAAAGUGAGCAGGGGAGAAGAAUCCAAGCGAAGGGAUAAGGAGAGGCAGACCAGAAGCUACUGGGAAUGGAGUCUGCUCCAUUGGGGAAACGGGGCUCAGCCCCUUCCACCUCUGUCUUGAUCCUUUCCAAUCCUUCUUUUACUUAGGGGAUGGCAGAGGCUGCCUGCUUCCUCUUUAGCCUCAGUAUUGCUUUUGCACAGUACAGUGGUACCUCAGGUUAAGCACUUAAUUCGUUCUGGAGGUCCAUUCUUAACCUGAAACUGUUCUUAACCUGAAGCACCACUUUAGCUAAUGGGGCUUCCCGCUGCCGCCACACCACCGGAGCACGAUUUCUGUUCUCAUCCUGAAGCAAAGUUCUUAACCUGAAGCACUAUUUCUGGGUUAGCAGAGUCUGUAACCUGAAGCGUAUGUAACCAGAAGCGUAUGUAACCCGAGGUACCACUGUAAAGAAAUACACUUACAAAAGGCUUUUCCUCGUUGGGCUGGGUGUGCUCGGGACAGCCACCCGUCUUACAAAACAGUCCCUCAUAACAGCUGCGGGGAUCGCUUGUAACAAAGCAAUAGCAAAAGCCCAGGGGGGAAAAAGAAGUCUCUAACCUGGUGUCAGCAAAGUUGCCAGGCGGGUUUUGCUGGGGAGAGUCAUUGCUGAGCUAAAUGGACCAGCAACUUGUCUCAGUAUGGUGCAGCCUUUCCUUGUGGCAUUUUGACAUAUCUUGUGCCUGUGUGUUUGGGACUGGCGUGACCAGGUGUGGACUUACAGUAAUAAUGUUUAUUUCAGGGGGAGAGUCAUAUUGGGGGAAGCCUUUCAAAGAUGAGUUCAAGCCCAACCUGUCCCACACAGGACGUGGCGUCCUCAGCAUGGCUAAUACCGGACCCAACAAUAACAAGUCCCAGUUGUGAGUAGUCGCUUGGCUCUCCUCUAUCUCAAACCCAUUUAAGGAGCAUGUGGAAUUCUGUGAAAAGCUUGGGACUCGGUCUAAUAGUUUCACCCUUCACAGCCUCUCUUACCUGUUUUUAAGGCUUACGCGAUCCUGUUACUGCUUUUAAUCCUCUUGUUUGCCCUUUGCGCUAUUCUAAUUUUUCUGCAAGCAACCCGAAAGGCUGUUAAUGGAAAGGUAGAAUCCUUGUGGGGAAUCUGUCGUUUUACCACGGGUUGGGACUACAACUCCCAUCAUCCACGACCCAUUAACCACACUGCCUGGGGCUGAUGGGAGUUGUAGUCCAACACCACCAGGAUGGGGAACCCCUUCUCUAAUUUUUUGCCUUCUGGCUUCUGUCUUUGAAAUUCUCCAGGGUAUUUUUAUAUAUAUGAAUGAAUGAAUUUUAUUAUUACGGUCAUAGACCAGUUCCGGCUCACUUACAAUAUCAGGAAAAUCAUAAAACCAAACAGGAAUACAUUGAAUUGAAAUUGAGUAUAACAGAGACAAUACAGAUAUAGCGGCAGUUAAAAUAUAUAUAUUAAAUCUUCAUCACUAAAAUAUAACCUAAAAUUGUCAUUUAAAACCUUAAUCAUUUUGGUAGUACAGCUUGUUCCCUAAGUUGUAUGGCAGUCGCACAGAAUUUGGCCACCCUUAGCGUGCUCUCUAGAUCCUUGUCCUCUACCAGGAGUUUUAGACAUUGAAGUUCGGACCCAUUUGGAGAUUUUUGUAUAACAGGAGUGAUAAAUACUGAGCAUAUAUCCCCGUAGAAACGGCAGCGUAACCAGACAUGAGAGUAUAUAUAUAUAUAUAUAUAUGAAAUAUUGAUGUGUUCUAUGGCAGGUUUGUAAGGUCUGUCUGUUUUUCCCUCUCUCCAGCUUCAUCACAUUCCGAUCCUGCGCAUACCUGGACAGGAAGCACACAGUGUUUGGAAGGUAAAAGAAACAAGUUUAUUUCAACAUACACAAUUUUUCCUAUGUACUUGAGCAGCAGAUAAAUACCGUAUUUUUCGCCCUAUAGGAUGCACUUUUCCCCCUGCAAAAAUGAAGGGGAAAUGUGUGUGCGUCCUAUGGGGCGAAUGCAGGCUUUCGCUGAAGCCUGGAGAGUGAGAGGGGUCAGUGCGCACCGACCUCUCUCGCUCUCCAGGCUUCAGGAAGCUAUCUGCAAGCCUUGGGAACUCCCGCCGGGCUCUCAAGGCUUGCAGACAGCAGCCUGCAGCCCGAAACCCGGGGAGCGCAGCGGAGCACGCCCCGGGCUUCGGGCAGAUAUCCGCAAGCCUGGGGAGACCGGCGGGAGUUCCCACUGGCCUCCCAAGGCUUGCGGGUAGCAGCCUGUUCUGGGGGCUGGGGUCAGGGGAAGCUCGGGCUUCCCCCGCCCCAGCCCCGCGCCUGGGGGGUAAAUAAUUUUUUUUUCUUUAUCCCCCCCAAAAACUAGGUGCGCCCUAUGGGCCAGUGCGCCCUAUGGGGCGAAAAAUACGGUAGCUGGUGUAGUUAGAGUGGUUAGGACUGGGGAGACCUACUUUUGAUCUCCAGCUAUGCCACAAUAGCUCCACUGGAGAGCCUUGGGGUCGUUCCCUGCCUUUCAGUCUAGCCCGCCUUGCAAGAGUGUUGUGAGCAUAAAAGGGCAUCAACCCACAUAUGCUCCUUAGAUCAGGGCUUACCCAACUUCUGCAUUCGAUGACCCCCUGAGGAGCUUACAAAGUCAUCUUUGAACCCAGCCCCAAUUCUGAAGAACAUAACAAAUGUUCUUUGAAACAAACAACAAAAAUAAGGAAAUAAAAUUAAUAAUGAUAGUGAUGAUUAAUUUUAUUCAUUGCUUUUUUUGCCAUGGCAACUCAGAGUGACUUGCAGUAUUUUAAACCAAAAGCCAGACGCAUAUAUGCAUUAAAACUAGCACAAAAAAGCAAGUAGCAGCUGUAUACCCCUUUUUUUUUUUUAAGCAAUGAAGCAGCAUUUUCUGAGAAUACUGUUGUAUCCCACACUGAUUAAAUGCAAAGGUUUCCCAUUAGCAAGGAAGGGGCACUCUGUAUAUGCCCAUGCACUUUAUUUCUGCGGCUUGUAGUUCCUAAUUAGUUUUUUUCACGCUGUACCUUGUAAACCUGAUUUCCAGCUCCAGGCCCUUUCUGACCCCAUUUUGACCCCUAGGUCUUCAUUCAGCCCCUGUGUACAGGGGUGGGGGGUGGGGGGGUCAGUACUCUUAGAGAAACGAUGCUAUUCAGAUACAGUGGGAAUGAACAGAUAUAUGGGCCCUGGCAUCCCACCCAGCUGGGUUCAAGUGAAAAUCUUGAAAAAUGGUUUCCAUUCUGAUGGUUGCUGGCCACAAGCAGUACCUCCUCUUUGUGCAUCAAUUGAUUUUUCCACUUCUAUAUUAAAGUGCUUUUAUUUGGCACGUUGAUUGGACCUCUGCAUUUUGAUAAGCCUGGCAUAAUAUUUCAGACGGCGAGGUAGCACUACCGUUGGCUUGAAUAAAACAGGCCAAUGAAUCAGCAGGUGCUGGCUUCGGAUUUUGGGGAAGGGGAGACUUGAGCAAGAGUCCUUGCGAUUUUUAUUUACCGUAUUUUUCGCUCUAUAAGACGCACCAGACCACAAGACGCACCUAGUUUUUGGAGGAGGAAAACAAGAAAAAAAUUAUUCUGAAUCUCAGAAGCCAGAAUAGCAAGAGGGAUUGCUGUGCAGCGAAAGCAGCAAUCCCUCUUGCUGUUCUGGCUUCUGAGAUAGCUGCGCAGCCUGCAUUCGCUCCAUAAGACGCACACACAUUUCCCCUUACUUUUUAGGAGGGAAAAAGUGAGUCUUAUAGAGCAAAAAAUAUGGUAUAUGCCACGUUUUCUGAAAACGCAUCCCUCGUUCAAAGCGGUUCCCAUGGAAAACAAAACAGAGCACCAGUCUAAAUGAUGUCGCGUUUAUUUAUUUAUUGCAUUUAUAUCCCAUUUUUUCAACAAAGAGCUCAAGGUGACGUGCAAGCUUCUCUUGCACACAAUAUCACACAAUAUUUAUUUUACACGCUCACCCCCAAUGGUCCUGCUAUCUAACAACAAGAGGGAAUAUACCUCACUACCAGGAAAAAUAUAUAACGUGGCCACAUCACACUCAUUUUCAAGUCACAGAAAUCACUUAUGAGGUACCUGCACUUUUUGCCCCAUCACUUACUUCCUAGAAGGACUAGAAACUUGUUUUGUUUUGUUUUUAAUGAAAGCUUGGAGUGUGCUAUUCCUGCCUAGGGCCACGUGAGAGGCUUUACAUGUGUCAUGGUGCCCAUGGGCACCAAGUUGGCAGUCCCUGGGGAAGACGGUACUGAAAUAGAUGGAUCAGUGUGUCUUAAUGCAGUAUGGGGCAGCUUCCAUAGUUCCCACAAUGCUUUGUUGCAUUUAUAUGCUGCCUGUUCAUCCAAGGAGCUUAAAGUGCCGUACGUGGUUCCCCUCCUCCUUUGAGCCCCACAACAACCUGUGAGGUGGGUCAGGUUGAGAGACCAUGCCUGGUCCAAGUUCGCCCAGUGAUCUUCAGGGGCAUGUAAACCAGGGAUGGGUCAAUGGUGGCCCUGCAGACAUAAUAAUAACAACAAUAACAACAAUAAUAACAAUAAUAAUUUAUUAUUUAUACCCUGACCAUCUGGCUGGGCUUCCCCAGCCACUCUGGGUGGCUUCCAACAGAAUAUUAAAAUACUGUAAUACAUCAAACAUUAAAAGCUUCCCUAAACAGGGCUGCCUUCAGAUGUCUUCUAAAAGUCUGGUAGUUGUUGUUCUCUUUGACAUCUGGUGGGAGGGCGUUCCACAGGGUGGGCGCCACUACCGAGAAGGCCCUCUGCCUGGUUCCCUGUAACUUGGCUUCUCGCAGUGAGGGAACCGCCAGAAGGCCCUCGGCGCUGGACCUCAGUGUCCGGGCAGAACGAUGGGGGUGGAGACGCUCCUUCAGGUAUACUGGACCAAGGCCGAUUAGGGCUUUAAAGGUCAGCACCAACACUUUGAAUUGUGCUCAGAAACAUACUGGGAGCCAAUGUAGGUCUUUCAAGACCGGUGUUAUAUGGUCUCGGCGGCCCUCCCAGUCACCAGUCUGGCUGCCGCAUUCUGGAUUAGUUGUAGUUUCCGGGUUACCUUCAAAGGUACAACUCCCUUCAUCCUGGGCCACUAGCCAUGCUGGUUGAGGCUGAUGGGUCAUUGCGUAACGAAUGCAGUGCAUUAUGUAUUUUGCUGCACGCACUGGAAAUUUGCAAACGAAUUUUUUGAGUUCUAGGCAGCCCUAAUAUCAACCUUCAGAAUUUGGCUCCUCCAGCUAUAAAGGGUGCCAUACUUCCGAUCAACAUCUUAAAAUACUUUCCCUUUCGGUAAACAGAUUUGCCAAGCGGACAUGUAGAUUUUUCUUGCUCAGGCAAGUCCCCUUCCCCCCUUCCUUCUGCUACGUGUUCUCUCCCUAAAGCAUUCCAGAUACUUUAUUUAUUUUAUUUUGCAUUGUCUCCUGAGCAGGAAACUGUGUUUUGCCUUGGGCCCCGGCCAACACAACAUGGCAAGCUGCUUAAUUGAUGUAAUUUAGGAGCAAGAGAGAAAAACACACAAGUGGAAAGAAAAACGUCUCAGGCAUAGAUGUCAGCGGAGCAGACGAAGGUCUCUCCCUGAAUGUAGGGAUAAGCGUAGAGACUUCGGUGCCUUGACAAGGCCUGACCUUAGUGGUGCAUUUCCUUUUGGCAGCUGUACAAAUAACAGCAUUCAGAAUUGGUAAUUAGUAAUAAUAUAAAUCAUUAUUAUUAAUACCAUUGAAUAUGAAUACCAUGUGGUGGAGUGGUUUGAGUGUCAUACCAGGUCCCAGGAGACCAGGCUUCUAGUCCACACUCAACCAUGUGCUUCUGAAGAGUGGGGUUUGAGGGUGGGGUUGCUUGAUUUGGGUCCUAAAAAGGGUUCCCCCCCUCCCCCCUUUUUUGGAGGCGGCCAGCAUGUGAUAUUCUGGAUUUUUUGUAUUAUUUUUGGAUUAUUAAAGCCCAAUUAAAAUAAAGAUCCCCAGUAAGAAAGCUUGAGUUUAUUUGUGAGAGAAGGCUUCAGGACUUAAAUCGGGGGCAAUUAAAAAUGUAGAGCACAUCUGUUGGAUGAGCUUUGUGUCUUCAGCGUCGUGUAAAGUCUUCUUCUGUUGCUGUCAGCCUGAAGCGUCAUCAUAAAAAGGAGCUGCUGCUGUGAACUUUCUAAAGCACAUAGAAACCAUUUGGGAAACAGCUUGGUGGAAACACCCCUAAGACUUCUCCCUUGCCUGGUCAAGAAGAGAUUAGGACCCUAUCCACUGAUCUUUGUGUUUUCAAGCUGCCUUGCAGAGGACUGAACCAUGUAUCAUUCAAACGGAAACUUGAGCAGGAUUAUUUCCUUCCACUGGGUGGCCAAAGUUUGCGGUAGUUGCUGCUCCCUGGGGGUAUUUUUUAUAAAUUUUAUUUAGAGCUCCUUUGUGUCACUUUUCCAGUGUUCAAAUCGUCUUCCAGAUAGCGACUAAAAUACAUGCAACAUAAUGAAAAUCUAAAAUAUUGGAAAAGCGAAAGUAGUCAUGUCGGCCUACAACAAAAAAUCACAAAGUCCGCGUUAAGGUGAUAGCUUUAUGAAGGUGACCAAAAUGUCGCAAAUGUUUUUGGAACGAUGCGUUCCGCCCCCCUCUUUCUCCACACUUUGUUUCAUCCCUCCACUCAGAUUGUCUAUUUUUCUUUUACAGAGUGGUCGGUGGCUUCGAGACGCUGACAGCAAUGGAGAAUGUGGAGAGUGAUCCCAAAACGGACCGUCCCAAGGUAGCAUCACCUGCAGCAACAGGUUACUUGCCUGAACUUUGUGACUUCCUUGUCCUCCGCCACUACUGCGCCUGAGCACACUUUAAGCCCAAAGUUCAGGAGCGGUGGCACUGAUCGUGGAGCGCACCAUCUACUUAACCCACCCUCUUGUCUCCUUUUGUCCCCAGGAAGAAAUAAAAAUCACGUCGACGACUGUUUUCGUUGAUCCAUAUGAAGAAGCAGAUGCUCAGGUGAUGAUGGAAACUUGGACAUAUAAGCAGGCUAGCAGAGAGAGCCACUCAAGCAGGAAAUUAAUUUAAUACCUCCCUAGGCAGCCCUUAGUUCUGUGUGUGUGUGUUUGGUUGUGUCCGCGCUUUUGAAUUUGAAGAAAACCUGACUUAAUCGGAUUUUAUUUAUUUACAACAUUUGGGCGUGACAUGCCCUUUAGGCAAGAUUGUUUUACAGUUUACUUGCUUCUUUCUGAUUACCUUUCUCUCUUACCUUCCUUCCCCCCCCCCCAUGAGCUCAAGGUGGAGUACAUAGUUCUGCCCCCUCUGUUCCAUUUUAUCCUCCUAAAAAAUGUGGACGAUCCCAUCUUUUGACUAUUUUAGUUGUUGAUUUUCUGCAUUUAUAUCCCACCUUCUUCUGCGAGGAGCUCAAGGCAUGGUUCUCCCACUCCUCAUUUAAUUCCCCCACAGCAAACCCUGUGAAGGGGGUCAAGAUGAGAGGCAGUGACUGGCCAAAGGCCACUCAAGUGAGCUUCAUGGCUGAGUGGGAGAAUUCGAACCCUGUUCUCCCAGGUCCUAAUCCAGCACGCUCACCGCUUCGCCACGCUGGCUCUCAAUAUCUAGAUAGAUGGCCCUCUGGUCUGUUUGAUAUCGUGCCUUUCGGGACCUUACCUGCUCUUGUGUCUUUUUUCCCCUCCUUCUUCAAAGGUUGCCAAAGAGAGAGAGAAGGCCCAGCAAGAGGAGGAGGCAGCCAAGGAGAAGACCAAAGUCGUCGUCCCAAAAAAGGAGCAGCACAUUCCGAAGACGUACCGGGAGGGUGUCGGGAAGUACAUCAACAUAGCUGCAGCGUGAGUUGCGCGACUGAACUUGAGAAGUGAAACUGCUCCGCAUCUUUGUUACAUAGGCAAGAUCAGACUGUUUGCCUUUUGGCCCCCAGUAUUGUCAGCACGGGUGGCGCUGUGGGUUAAACCACAGAGCCUAGGGCUUGCCGAUCAGAAGGUCGGCGGUUCGAAUCCCCGCAACGGGGUGAGCUCCUGUUGCUCAGUCCCUGCUCCUGCCAACCUAGCAGUUCGAAAGCAUGUCAAAGUGCAAGUAGAUAAAUAGGUACCACUCUGGCGGGAAGGUAAACAGCAUUUCCGUGUGCUGCUCUGGUUCGCCAGAAGUGGCUUAGUCAUGCUGGCCACAUGACCCGGAAGCUGUACGCCGGCUCCCUCGGCCAAUAAAGCGAGAUGAGCGCCGCAACCCCAGAGUCGGCCACGACUGGACCUAAUGAUCAGGGGUCCCUUUACCUGUUGUCAACUCUGACUGGCAGCACACUCUGCAGGAUAUCAGGGAGGGUGUCAUGUGCAACCUUCAAAAGCUGAAGGUGUUGGAGAUGGGAAUGUUUUCAGGAGGCGGCGAGUGGGGACAAGAGUAAUUACUAUUAUUAUUAUUAUUAGAUUUAUAUCAGUAGUGUUUGAGUAAAACAGUGAAAGUGAGUAGCUGUCAGGCUUCAGGGACUUGGCUCCCCCCCCCCCCAGCAGUAGAUAAGCAGAACAAAGCAAUAGGAGUCUCUUACCAAUUAGAAAGUUUACUGAGCACAGCAAGAGAACAGAGAAUCCAUUGCUAGGAUGAAGGUGCUCCCAAUUAAGGGUUCCACCCACAUCCCCCCUAGUCACCCCCGUCACUUCUGCAUCUUGCAACCUGAUCUCAAAAGCACUGUGCUUUUUCUGAGCUUCCACCUUAUCUGCUCUCCUUGACCUUGGGCUGAGUGGAUGGACGCUUUCCAGUGAGAGUGAAUCUGUUAACUCUUUCUCUCUCGUUCAGUUCUUCUCCUAGCUCAGGGGUCAGCAACCUUUUUCAGCCAUGGGCCGGUCCAGUGUCCCUCAGACCUUGUGGGGGGCCGGACUAUAUUUUGAAGGGGGGGAAAUGAACGAAUUCCUAUGCCCCACAAAUAACCCAGAGAUGCAUUUUAAAUAAAAGGACACAUUCUACUUAUGUAGAAUUCCCGGACCGUCUGCGGGUCGGAUUGAAAAGGCGAUUGGGCUGCAUACGGCCCACAGGCCUUAGGUUGCCUACUCAUGUCCUAGCUGUUCACCACCCAGUUAUUCUGUCUUCUGAACUUAUGUCCCUCUGCAUUCCACUGUUCCAAAUCUGUACUGUCCCACUGCUCCUGGGAAGAUUCAGGAUCCUGUUCAGGCCCAGGAGGAGGCUCCCACCGUUCCUCCUCAUUGCUGCCCUCCUCAGCACAGUCCCUGACAUCAGCAGGUUAUUUUCUCUCUCAAGCACACAAAAUAAGAACAUUUCCUGUCUCGUAUCACAAGUUUUACUACUACUACUACUACUACUACUACUAAUAAUAAUAAAUUUUAUUUAUACCCCGUCCUCCCCAGCCAAGGCCAGGCUCAGGGCAGCUAACAAGCAAUAAUAAAAACAAGUUGAAUGAGUACAACUUAAAAACAAGAUUAAAAUACAACAUUAAAACAUUAAAAUGCAGCCUCAUCACAGGAGGAAAAAGGAGAAAGAAAGAGGGGGAGGGAAUCAAAUUGACUCCAAGCCAAAGGCCAGGCGGAACAACUCUGUCUUACAGACCCUGCGGGAAAAAAUCAGAUUCUGCAGGGCCCUGGUCUCAUGAGACAGAGCGUUCCAGCAGGCCGGAGCCAGUGUUGAAAAGGCCCUGGCUCUGGUUGAGGCUAAUCUAACUUCCUUAGGGCCCGGGACCUCUAGGGUGUUGCUAUUUAUGGACUUUAAGGUCCUCCGUGGGGCAUACCAGGAGAGACGGUCCUGUAGGUACAAGGGUCCUAGAAACAUACUUUUAAAAGAAAGCAAGCUGGGAAUCUAGGACUUAUGGUUCCUCCAUCGCUGUAGAUGCCCUUCUCUGGAUGGAAGGAGGCGAAUGGCAGCUGAGUGGAGCUGAAGGGCUGGGCCUCCCUGUCUCCCCUCUCCCUCAUGAUAGUGUUGGCUCAAGGGCUCAUCCCAGUAAAUCACUAUAAAGUAUUAAAAUGCCUGGAACGCUUGAGGAGGUUUGCAGAGGAGAGCCCAUUUUCACCAAGUUCCUCCUGUCUCUUUCUCCUUCCCUUAAAAAAUAAAAAGCGAGCGAAUGAGAGAGGGAAAAAACUUGAGCGAGUGAACGAGAGAGAAUUGAUGGCAGUUACCCUGAUGUGAUCCACUUUAGAUUAGACUAGGGCCCACCAGUUGAAGACAAACAGCCUGAGGCGAAGGUGUGAUGUUUCGUUGACCGAUGUUGCUUCUUGCCUCUGAUACGAAGCCAUGCCAGGAGCCCAUUGAGUUUAAAAUUGCUUUUUCUCCUCCAGUCUUGGUUUGCCAUGAAGAUGCGGAGGGAAAAUAAUUGAUGCCUGUUCGCAGGGAGUCUGGCUCCUCUGGCGUGCUUCUCUUUCACUUCUCUCUUCCAGUCUUAAGUUCCGUUUUUUAAAAGGGGAGAGUGUGGCUUGAUGCGAGGAACAUUCGGAGUCCAUAGCCUGCCCCGCCUUUGGGCACUUAGUCAUUAGACGACUGUGAGUGUGAGCAGGAGAUGGUGGCAGCCUCAGGAGGAGUCAGGAAUAGCAGGGGUGGGUGGUGGUGGGAGCUGAAGGGUUUAGCAGCUGCCUUUCCUAGGAAAUCCAGCGUUGCACACAGAUCAAGAGUUCCUAAGCACUGAAAGUGGGACUUGGGUGGCGCUGUGGGUUAAAUCACAGAGCCUAGGGCUUGCCGAUCAGAAGGUCGGCGGUUCGAAUCCCCGCAACAGGGUGAGCUCCCGUUGCUCGGUCCCAGCUCCUGCCAACCUAGCAGUUCGAAAGCACGUCAAAGUGCAAGUAGAUAAAUAGGUACCGCUCCGGCGGGAAGGUAAACAGCGUUUCUGUGCGCUGCUCUGGUUCGCCAGAAGCGGCUUAGUCAUGCUGGCCACAUGACCCGGAAGCUGUACGCCGGCUCCCUCGGCCAAUAAAGCGAGAUGAGCGCCACAACCCCCGAGUCGGCCACGACUGGACCUAAUGGUCAGGGGUCCCUUUACCUUUUAAGCACUGAAAAGAUUACGAUACCCCAUUUGUAAUUCAAAAUGAACCCAACGAGAAACGACAACUUUUUACUUUUUUGAAACGACAGGAGACUUGAUGCGUGUGCCAAAAUGCAUAUGUAUUCGUGUUAUACGCAACCCAUGAUGGGAUCUGAUUUCAUAGAAUAGUUUGUAGAGUUGGAAGGGUCCCCGAGGGGCAUCGAGUCCAACCCCUGCAAUGCAGGGAUAUUUUGCCCAGUGUGGUAGGACUCGAACCCAUGACCCUGAGAUUAAGAGUCUUGUGCUGUACCAAUUUCCUCACAGUCUUUAAAUCUACAUUGGUAGGAUGGCCCCUUGGUUUCUUUUUUGGUUUGGUUUCAGUGGGGAUACAUAACGAUAAAAAGAGAACAGGGGGAAAUGGGGAAAGACAGCGCAAUGGAGUAUAAGGAAGUCUAACAAAUUUCUGGUUUUCACCAUGAUAUCCAUACUGGUGCUUUUAAAAAAAUACUAAAUCCUUUCAAAAUCUUCUCAAUUUGUGUGUGUGUUCCUGCUUCGCUGGUGCCCUAAGCAACUACUUUGUCUGCCCAUUGGGUAACCCAGCACUGCUUGCUCCCUGAGCAAAGGCACUAAGAGUAGGAUGCAGUGUGAGACAAGAGCAGCCUCAGCUUUGCAAUACAUUGGGGCUUCCAAGGCCAGCUGGUAUUCUUGGCCAGCUCAAGGCCAACACCCACCCAGACUUGCUAGCCACACUGAGGUCCAGCUCCGAGGACCUUCUGGUGGUUCCCUCACUGCAAGAAUUAAAGUUGCAGGGAACCAGGCAGAGGGCCUUUGCAGGAGUUGCAUCCCUGUGGAAUACCCUCCCAUCAGAUGUCAAGGAGAUAAAUGACUGUGCAACUGAAGGCAUCCCUGUAUCAGGAAGUUUUUAAUAUUGGAUGUUUUUAUAUUUGUUGGAAGCCUCCCAGAACGGCUGGAGCAACCCAGUCAGAUGGGUACAAAUAAUAAAAAAUUUAUUCUACGAAAUACAAUUUUUUUAUGUAUUCUACAAAAUCUACGAAAUACAUAAUUUUUAUGUAUUCUACGAAAUCUACGAAAUACCGUAUUUUUCGGACUAUAAGACGCACUUUUCCCCCUCCAAAAAUGAAGGGGAAAUGUGUGUGCGUCCUGUGGAGCGAAUGCAGACUCCUUGGCUUCAGCGAUAGCAAUGCGAAGCCUCCGAAGCCUGCGCUCCGGAGGCUUCGCGUUGCUUCCGCUGAAGCCAGGAGAGUCUGCUCUUUGAGGCUGGGGGGGGGGAAGCAGCGCCUCCUCCAUCACCAGCCCCAGAGGAUGGGGGCAGUGGGAAGGCGCGCAACGCCUUCCCGCUACUCUCCAACCCUCCUUUGGGCUUUUGGGGAGAUGGGGAAUUCCCCACCUCCCGCAAAGCAGGCAAAGCCGCGCGCUCUUUAAAGGGCUCAGCGGCUUUCUAGGAGGUGGGGAAUUCCCCACCUCCUAGAAAAGCCCGCAGGAGCCGCACACCCUUUAAAGAGCAAGCGGCUCUUGGGGCUUUUCCCAAGGAGGAGAAGGGACUGACUGGCCGAGUCAGUCCCUUCUCUCCUCCUGGAGCUUUGGGGGAGAUGGGGGAUUCCCCACCUCCCGCAAAAGCCCGCAAAGCCUCGUGCUCUUUAAAGGGGCUCCGCGGUUCUGCUGGCUUUUCUACGAGGGGGAAUUCCCCACCUCCUAGAAAAGCCUGCAGGAGCCGCGCACCCUUUAAAGAGCGCCGCUCUUGGGGGCUUUUCCCGAGGAGGGAGAAGGGACUGACUGGCUGUUUCAGUCCCUUCUCCCUUCUUGGGGAAAAGCCCCGCAGGAGUCGCGCGGGGCUCCUGUGGGCUUUUGCGGGAGGUGGGGGAAUUCCGCCACCUCCCGCAAAAGCAGGGAGAAGGUCUUGGAGUAGCGGACAGGCUGCCCGCUGCUCCCAGAGCUGCGGGGGGGAAAUCAUAUUUUUUUCCUUGAUUUCCCCCCCUGAAAACUAGGUGCGUCCUAUGGGCCGGUGCGUCCUAUAGUCCGAAAAAUACGGUUUUUUAAAAAUUUUUAAAAAGCAAACAGUACCUCAGGUUGUUCAUGUUUUUGAGCAAGAGAAGAGGUCAGUACUCUGCUGUUGAGCAGAUGGCAAUGGGGACUGAGACACAGCUAAGGGUUAGAGCCCAACCUUUCCGCUUUGAAGGUGGCAGGUUCAAUCCCCAGCAUCACACUAAAAAAUGAAUCUCAGGUGGACUUUUUGUGGGGGACUCCAUAGAGUGUGCUGCUGAUCGGAGUAGACCAGCAUUUGCCAACUUGCUGCCCUCCAGAUGUUUUAGGCUUCAACUCCCAUCAGCCACACGGCACAACUGCUGUGGCUGAUGGGAGUUGUAGUUCAAAACGUCUGGAGGACUCGCAAGUGUUCAGAUGCUCCACUGGACAGUACGAGACUGGGUGAACAAGUCGUCUUACUAUACAGAAGCUUUAUGUGUUCAUGGGAAAGCCACACCCACACCGUGGUUUCAUUGGGGUGGCCCAGAUUCACACACCCUAUUCAGUAACAGAACAGUCCCGAGUGACCAGCCACCCUUUUUCAGCCUAACCUGCUUUACAAGAUGGUUGUGAGGAUCAAGAGGAGGGAGGAGUGCUGCUCUUUGGAUUGAUGGGUGGGGCAGAAGAUGUAAAUAAAAAGGGCUGCCCUCCAUCCUAGCUGCAUGCACUCAUAAGGAAGUCCGGUUGAACUCAUUGGGGUUCAUUUCCCCAGGCGGGUGGGGUUAGGCUCACAGCCUGGGCCCUGACCGGUGUGGUUUUUGUUACAGGAAGCGAGUGGCUGAAGACGAUGGGCCGUCCACCAGCACAGCUGCAAAGAAAGAGAAGAAGAGCACAGGCUUUGGGGACUUCAGCUCCUGGUAGGGACCAAAAACCCAACCGUAACCAAGCCUGGACUCUGGACAGAGAAAGCCCAAGUUGUACAUCUCUCCUGCAGCAGGCAAAGAAAACGAAACCCAACCAGUUCAAGACAAUUUCCUAACAUGGUUUAAGUCAGAUUUCGUUGGCCUUUCUCUCUCUCUCUCGAGCCCUUCUCAGGAAGAACCGCUUUGCUUUUUCAGUGAGAUGCUGGGCUCCCUAAUUCGAGGAGGACUCUUAAUGCAUUGGUGCUCAGUAGAUUUAUCAGCAGAACACGAGAGGAUGCUAAAAACAGAUGAAUGAGUGAGGUUCUAUUCCUGGCUUAAAUGGGUAAUUGCCAGAUUUCAGAGGAGGCGGCGAGAGCAUUAGUGCUGUACGCUUGUUGCAGGAGACACGUAACCCUUUACGCCUUCCCAGUUUUAAUUUGUAAACACCGCCUGAGCAUCCGCCCUCCCUUUCACACCACCUACUGCACUGUAUGAGAGCAACCUUACUGCUGCUUAGAAGCAUCCACCCCUUCUCUCUGUGGGCUCUGGGAUCAUAACAGAGCCACAGCAGUCCAGCGUCCUCUCUUACGAAUACAGCUCUGAGCGACCAGGUUUGACGGAGGGAUCUGCAUCAGUUCAGUUCAGAACUUCUGCUUGCAGGCACAAAUCGAAGCUCCACUGUCCCCCCUCGUUUUUGAUGUGCAGCAUGAAGAGGUUGCAGCCCAGUUAGGACACAGAAAAAUGACCUCUCACUUUAAGAAGCACAGGGACCAGACUGGAGGGUUUGCUCACUCCUUUGCCCACAAUUUUAAUCAUUUGCAAGUUCCCUCCAAGUGCUUUUGACCCUUUGGGGUGACCCUUAGGAGAAGAAUCAGCUAGAAGAUGCCAUUUGGAGAGGAAUCGGUCAGCAAGGAGCAGUUUGAGCCUUCUCUCUGCUUGAAGCUAGCCCCUCCUAAACCUACUAUCCUCAUUUACAAAAAUGGCCGCCCGGCAGUCACCGUGUGCAUUUCUGUGCAAUCCGCAUUCUGCCCUUUCUGCUAAAUACGGGCAGAGUUAAGAUGUGCUGGAGCCCCACAUUGCUUAGAAGCAUUGGCUGAGUGAAUGCCAAAUGCCAGUUUAUAGUCCAAUGGAAACAAGUUUGCUUAUGUAUAUAUGUAUUUCUAUUUUCAUAUAAUUCAAAAAUUAUAUUUAUAGGUAAAGAAAAGAAGUAUCCCCACCACCACCGGCACAGAUAUGUGCAACUUUUCUAGUUGUCUGGAUUGCAGGAAAUCAAUCAAAAGGGCUCGCUGUUAGCAGGAAGUUGUAAUAAAAGAAAGACGCUAGCUAGACAGUUGUUGAUUACAUUUGUUUUUACUCAUUGGCCGUGUUCACAUGUAACAGUAAACCGUAGUCAGUAAUAAACCAUGGUUUACUCUGAACAAGCAGUGUGCUGCUUAGUCGCUUCCUCUCUGUUCUGCCUUGUCCCCUCUGGGAGAAACAAACUGAGUUCUGAUUCUAACAUAAUACUGAAUCAAGCUUUGUGGUUCGUUUCUCCCCCAGACUGGCAGGGUGGAGCAAAAGGAGUGAACUGGUUUCUGGGCACCAGAAGUUGCUAAUGAUGGGUUAUUGUUAUGUGCUUCCUGGGCCGGUAUCCAAAAGCAGUGAAACCAUCUCUUGGCGAAUGUUGCCCAAAUAAAGUGGCCAGUCCUCCACUUCCAAUGUACAGACCACACCCUCCCUGGGAGCCUGCCUAGAAUAUUUAAAUGAUCUUUGCAGACUGAGCAACAGGGAUUGCUGCUAAAUACUGGCUCCGAAUUCCAUCCACCUACAGACCAUCAUAAUAGCAGCACCCUGGCCAGACACAUUGGAGUAUUUCCUUCUACUGCUUGGACUGAUCAACUGAAAUCCCUUGGCAAGAAGUGAGGACCUCUUGCUUGAGAAAAUAACUUUUUAUAUCGCAGUACCACAUUGUUUAUGAAAAAAGAAAACAUCAAGUCCCCUUGACACAAAAUUGUAGCAGGACAAUUUCUGUGAUACAGGGUUUUUUUUUUCCAUUAAAGAUUUAAAUUUUCAUUUGCUUCCUGCUUUCCCGUUCAGUUUUUCCAGGACCCUGCCAAAACUCUUUUGUUUGGCUUGCCAGGAAAUGAGUCACCUAUAUUUUCUAAGAUUCUUUCUGGAGCCUUGAUUUCUUUUGAGGAAAUGGUUUGCAGCUCUAUAAGGAAUUCAGCCUUGUUUGAAAAGAUGAACAUGGAGCCUUCAGUUUAUUUGCUGUGUGUGUGUUUAAAGCAGAGACAAGAAGUGUCAACAGCUGGCCUUCUGGGCGGCUGGUGUGAGGAGCCUAGUGCACCAGAAAAGUCCACUGCCUUUGGUCCAAGCUUCUUGCUACUGCUGUUUAAUUAAAAGCUAUCUUCUUCUUUAGUGAUCAUUCGUAGCUGAGUAAGAUUGUCUUCCACGAACACAGUUUUAACAGUGAGGCCGUGAGGGACUGUGGAGGCCAAUUCUGGAUCCACACGUCCUUCCACAGUGGGGACAUAGGUUUCUGGGCGGGAGUUGAUCACGGUGAGAGUUUGCCAAGCGUACCUUCCUCUUAGCACAUUUCUCCCUUUUGUCCUGAGUUCAAGCGUCUUCAAAGCCCAUGACAUCUUUGGUAAAGGCUGUUCCUCAAUUGGAGCGCUCGCAGGCCAGUGUUUCCCAGUUGUCGGUGUCUAUCCUAGAUUUUUGAAGAUUUGCCUUGAGAGAGUCUUUAAACCUCUUUUGUUAACCACCAGCAUUACACUUUCCAUUUGUAAGUUCGGAAUACAGUCAUACCUCAUGUUGCAUCUGCUUCAGGUUACAUGUUUUCAUGUUGCGUCUCGCAGCAUCCUGGAAGUACCGGAAUGGGGUACUUCCAGGUUUUGCUGCUCGCACAUGCGCUAAAUCGCACAGCGCAUAGACGCAGCACUUCGGCUUGGUCAGUUCCGGGUUAUGGGCGGGCCUCCAGAACGGAUCCCAUCCGUAACACGAGGUUCCACUGUAGAGUAGUUGCUUUGGAAUACAAUAAUCAGGCAUCCAACACAUCAUGACCAGUCCAACGAAGUUGAUGUUGAAGAAUCAUUGCCUCAACACUGGCAUUAGUUCACCUGUCUUCCCGAGUGAAAUGUAAAAUUUUUCGGAGAUACUGUUGAUGGAAUCUUUUCAAAUAUACGCAAUUUCACCUAAACGUGUGGUGCCUUGGAACGUAACCCCCGCUUAAAUUGGGAAUUGCCUGUACUGCAUCCAAAUUGUGUGCAAGGGAUGCCGCACUUGGAAAAGGGAAAAGAUGGUUUAAAAUGAAUUCUGAUUAAAUGCCUGG